UACAAGAGGAAUUGUAGAAAAAUUUUGUGGCAUUCUUCGCUCGCACCUCAAAAACGAUCGACGUCUUGGUUUCAGUCUCGGGGAUUAUGACUUGAACCAAUUCUUAUUGAAAUAAUAUAUAUAGAAAAUAUUAUAUAUAUAGAAAGAAUUAUAUUGAAGAAAAAAAAGAAGAAAUUUAAAGUAUACAUAGAGUUAUUUUUAUACUAAAGUGAAAGAAGAAAAUUAAAGUUUUUGAAAAAAAGGAAAUAAUUUUUUUUUAUGAAAAUAUAUAUUUUACAACGAAAAGUGAGUGUUUUUUUGCCCAUUUAACGAAGUUUUUAUAUCUUUAAUCAAAGAGAAAAAAGUAUUUAGAAAAAAAAGCUAAAUUUAAAAAAAUAAAAUAUUUAAUUUAAAAAAAAAACAACAACAAAAAGUCAUAAAAGCAGCUUUAAAAGUGCAACAUAUAAAACACACGCCUUUUAGCGUGUUUGUUUUUGAAUUUUGUUUUGUUAUUUUUUAUGUGUUAUAUAACGAAUUAAAAUAAAGAAAAAUAUGCAACGACAAAAUCCGAAUCCACAACAACAACAAAUGUACCAGCAGCAACAACAACAACAACAGCUGCAACAACAUCAUGAACAACAAUUCAUGCAUCAACAGCAUCAAGAAAUGCAUCAACAACAAACCAUAAGCCGCAGUGAACAUCAUCAUGUUCAAAGGAGUCAAGUAACCACCCAACAAAGAGUGGAACAACAUGGCGGCGGUUAUGUACAACCAGCUUUGACACACAUCUAUGCUCAGGGCGACAUCUCACCACCCGUAUUCGAACAAAUUUUCAAGAAUGCCCGUUUCGCUCAAGGCGGCAAUGCCUUGUUCGAAGGCAAACUUCGUGGCAAUCCUAAGCCAUUCGUAACAUGGACCCGAAAAGGCGCACCACUUCUCGAGUCUCAAAAGUUCCGCAUGAGCUAUAAUGAAGCCACCGGUGAGGUAUCGCUGCUCAUCAAUCAAAUUGGACCUGGCGAUGAGGGUGAAUACACUUGUACGGCUCGCAAUCAAUAUGGUGAAGCCAUUUGCAGUGUUUAUAUUCAACCAGAAGGCGCACCCAUGCCUACCAUCCAACCCAUUCAGAAACAAAUGGACAAGUCCAUUUUCGCCAAUGGUUAUUCGUUCUCCUCCACCAAGGAAGAGUUCCGUGUGGAUACCUUUGAGUAUAGACUUUUGCGUGAAGUAUCCUAUAGAGAGGCCAUUACACGUCGUUCGACUUACGAACAGGACUACUAUUUAUGCCAAGAAUUGGAUCGCUCUAUGGGACCAGCUCAUGCCCCACAAAUUGCCCAGAAACCUCGCAACUCUAAACUGAUUGAGGGUUCUGAUGCUGUGUUCGCCGCAAAGGUUGGCUCCAAUCCCAAGCCACGUUUGACUUGGUUCCACAAUGGACAACGUUUGGUUCAAUCCAAUAAGUAUGACAUCUCAUACUCGAGCGGUACAGCCACUUUGCGUGUUAAGAAAGCCAACAUCAACGAUGCUGGUCAUUAUACUUUGCUGGCAGAGAACACCCAAGGUUGUGUUGUGUCUUCUGCUGUGUUGGCCGUUGAGCCUGCUGCUGAGUCGGCCCAUGAACCAAAACCUGUUGAUGCUACGGCAGAACAGUUGGAAGCGGGCAAGGCUUUGCCACCCACUUUCGUUAAGUCCUACGGUGAUCGCGAAAUCACCGAAGGUCGUAUGACUCGUUUCGAUUGCCGUGUUACUGGCAAUCCUUAUCCUGAGGUAUACUGGUUCAUCAACGGUCGCCAGGUCAACGAUGAUGCCGCUCACAAGAUUCUUGUCAACGAAUCCGGUAGCCACUCGCUCAUGAUUACCAAUGUCACUCGCUUGGAUGCCGGCGCUGUCCAAUGUUUGGCUCGCAACAAGGCCGGUGAGGUUGCCAUCGAGGCCCAGUUAAAUGUGCUCGAGAAGGAACAAGUUGUCGCACCACAAUUUGUUCAACGCUUCAGCACUAUGACUGUGCGCGAGGGUGAACCUAUUACCAUGAGCGCCAAUGCCAUAGGUACUCCUAUGCCUCGUAUUACCUGGCAAAAGGAUGGUCAGCAAAUUUCAUCAACCGCUGAACGUUUUAUUGGCAUUGAUGGUGGAGCUACCUGUUUGGAGAUUCCACGUGUUAAAGCUUCCGAUGCUGGCUGGUACCAAUGUACUGCACAAAAUAUUGCCGGUUCUACAGCCAACCGUGCUAGACUCUAUGUAGAAGUUCCCAGAGAACAACCACCCGUCGAACAGAGACGUCUUAAUUUACCAAGACCCACGAAGAUUAUCGAACCAGAGCCCCAACCUGGUCCAGAAAUUAUUUAUUUGCGUCAUGUUGAACGCGCUAAGCCUCAUUUACGUCCUGGUGAGGAAGACCGUGUCUACCCACCGCCACAGUUCAUUAUACCACUACAAAAUGUGCAACAAGUUGAAGGUGGCAAAGUUCAUAUGGAGGCCCGUAUUGAACCUGUUGGCGACCCCACCAUGGUCGUAGAAUGGUUCCUUAAUGGUCAUCCUUUGGCAGCUAGCUCUCGUGCUACCUCCGUAUUCAAGUUCGGUUUCAUUGCUCUCGAUUUGUUGAGCAUUAUGACCCACGAUUCUGGUGAAUACAUGUGCCGCGUUACCAACGCUGCCGGUAUGGCAGAAUCUCGUGCCAUACUCUCCGUUACCCAACGCCCUUCAAUUGAGCAAACUUCUCAACAUCCCAGCAGCUUGCAAUACAUCAAUCAAUUGGAGGAUUAUUCACGUUAUCAACGUCAAGAAAGUUCCGAGGAACUUAUGAAUCAACCCCCUGUCUUCAUUCGCCCUCUUAAGGAUUUGGGUGAAUUCGAAGAAGGUAAAAAUGUUCACUUUGAGGCUCAAGUUACUCCAGUCAACGACCCCACCAUGCGUGUAGAGUGGUACAAGGAUGGUCGUCCUAUUACUGCCAGUUCACGCAUUACAGCUAUUUUCAACUUUGGCUAUGUCUCUUUGAAUAUUUUGCAUUUGCGUGCCGAAGAUGCUGGCACAUACACUGUACGCGCUGUCAACCGCAUGGGUGAAGCCAUUAGCUCAUCUACCAUUCGCGUACAUAUCAGAUCUCAAGUUACCGCUGAUUUGGGUAUUCCUGAGCAACAGCGUUACAUCGAAAAGGUAGAAGAAUUGGAAGGCUAUAGACAGUCUCAACAACGUCGCCAUGCUCAGGAGGCACCCGAACCAAUUGCUCCACCUCAAUUCAAAACUCAAAUUCAAAAUCAAGUGGAUAUGCGUGAAGGUGGACAUGCCCACUUCGAGGCUCGUUUGGAACCUACCGGUGAUUCUACUAUGCGUGUAGAAUGGUUCAAGGAUGGCCAACCUUUGGAAGCCAGUUCUCGCAGCACCACCUUCUUUAACUUUGGUUAUGUUGCUCUUACCAUUAAGCAACUUACCAUUUACGAUGCUGGCACUUACACUUGCCGUGCCUACAAUGCCAUGGGUCAAGAUAUUACCCAAGCCCAAUUGACCGUCAUCUCUAAGAAGGAAAUCGUUUCCGAAUCUCAACAUCCCGGUGGUUUGGAGAAGAUCCAACAUUUGGAAGACUCUUCCCGCUACGGCCGCACUGAGGAAGAAGAGACUAAGAUCACUCAAAUUCCUCGUUUCUUGGGUCCCAUGAAGGGUACCAAUAAGAUUAUCGAGGGACAAAAGGCCCAUUUCGAAGCUCGUGUUGAGCCUCAAAGUGACUUGAGCAUGAAAAUCGAAUGGUAUCAUAAUGGUCGCGCCAUUACUGCUGCCAACCGUAUUCAAAUGUACUAUGACUUCGGUUAUGUUGCCUUGGACAUUUCUCAAGUACGUGCUGAGGAUGCUGGUGUUUAUACCGUUGUUGCCAGAAACAAGUUAGGUGAAGCUCAAUUGCAAGGAACGAUGAUAGUCGAAACUCGUUCCAGUAUUGACACAUCUAGCAUGCACCGUGGUUUGUAUGAAAAAACUCAACACUUGGAAAACAAGCAAUUCGUUGAGCCUCACUAUGAUAUCGAAGAAAUUUCGAAAUCUAAACCCAUCUUUGUUCAACCACUGUCUGACCCCAAACCCAUCCAUGAGGGUAAGAACAUCCAUUUGGAAUGCCGUUUGGAACCUAUGGGUGAUCCCACUAUGCGUGUUGAGUGGUUCCAGAAUGGUCGUCCCAUAACUGUAGGAUCUCGCUUCCGCACUUACUAUGAUUUCGGCUUUGUAGCUUUGGACAUUAUUCAAGCUACAUCUGCUGAUUCUGGUGAAUAUACUUGCCGUGCCACCAACCACUUGGGUUCAGCUCACACUUCAUCGUGUGUUCGUGUUAUUGAUCGUUCUGAUAUUGUUACCGAAACUCAGAAUGAAAUGUCUUUGGAGCAAAUUCAAAUGUUGGAAGAUGCCUCUCGCCGCCGUCAUCAUAUGGAGGAGGAAAUCACCGUCAUGCAAGCUCCUCAAUUCACCAGAGCUUUGCACAACAUUGAAACCAUGGAAGGUACCAAUGUUCAUUUGGAAUGCCGCUUGCAACCUGUUGGUGAUCCCAGCAUGCGUGUUGAAUGGUUCGUGAAUGGCAAGCCCGUCAAGACUGGUCACCGUUUCCGUCCAGCUUAUGAAUUCGACUAUGUAGCCCUUGAUCUUUUGGGUUGUUAUGCUGCUGACUCUGGCGUUUAUACCUGUCAAGCCACAAAUCAAUUGGGCGAAGCUGUUACCUCUUGCUCCGUACGCAUUAUUGCCAAGAAUGAUUUGAUUUUGGAAACUCAAAAUGAGUCUGGUUUGCAAAAGAUUGCUUACUUGGAAGACUCUUCCCGCUAUCGCCGUAGCGAAUUUGUCGACGAAGAAGUAGUAAACAUUCGUCCUCGUUUCCUUACCCAACCCAAGAGUCUUAAUAACAUGCGUGAAGGUGGUCAUGCUCACUUUGAAUGCAAGAUUGAGCCUGUUACCGAUCCCAAUCUUAAGGUUGAAUGGUACAAGAAUGGCCGUCCCAUCACUGUGGGUCACCGUUUCCGUCCCAUCCAUGACUUUGGAUAUGUAGCCUUGGAUAUUGUUGAUCUUAUUGCCGAGGAUUCUGGUGUUUACACUUGCCGUGCUGUCAACUUGAUCGGUUCUGAUGAAACUCAAGUGCAAUUGCAAUGCCGCAGCUCGGAACAAAUUGUGACUGUUACACAAAAUGAAGCUGGUUUGGAACAAAUCCAUUACUUGGAAGAUCGUUCCCGGUACACUCGCCGUGAAGAAGUCGAUGAGUCCACUAAACAAACUCCUGUCUUCACUACUUCCUUGAAGAAUGUUGAAAUCAAGGAAAAUCAACGUGCCCACUUUGAGUGCCGUUUGAUUCCAGUUUCGGAUCCUACUAUGCGUGUUGAAUGGUAUCACAACAACAUGCCCUUGAAGUCCGGUUCUCGUUUCACCGAAACCAACAACUUUGGCUUUGUAGCUUUGGACAUUAUGUCCUGCUUGCCUGAAGAUGCCGGUACUUACACUUGCCGUGCCUAUAAUGCUGUAGGUGAAGCCAUCACCUCUGCUGUGGCUGUUGUUCACACCAAGAAGUCCAUCUACUUGGAAUCCCAACACGAAAGUGCUUUGCCUCGUUUGCAACAUUUGGAAGAUAGCAACAAACGUCAACGCAUGAGUGCCCAGGAGGAAAUUAUUUCUCAAGCUCCAGUUUUCACUCUUCCUGUACGUGAUUCCCGUGUUGCUGAGGGUCAAGCUGUACACUUUGAAGCCCGUUUGAUUCCUGUUGGUGAUCCUCACUUGAAGGUUGAGUGGUUGCGCAAUGGUCAACCCAUUGAAGCCUCCAAUCGUAUUACCACCAUGCACGAUUUCGGUUACGUUGCCCUCAACAUGAAGUAUGUUAACCCAGAAGAUUCUGGUACUUAUACAUGCCGUGCUACCAAUGAACUGGGUCAAGCUGUCACCUCUGCUUCAUUGAUUGUUCAAUCUAAGACUUCCAUCCAAAUGGAAACUCAACAUGAAGCUGCCAUGCACAAGAUCCAUCAACUUGAAGAUCAUACUCGUUACCAACGCCGUGAAGAAGAGGAAUAUGUUGUAACUCAAGCUCCUCGCUUCGUUACCAAACUUAUUGGCCCCAGCAAUUUGGUUGAGGGACAAAGCGCUCACUACGAAUGCCGUAUUGAACCUUACCCUGAUCCAAAUCUUAAAGUUGAAUGGUUGCACAAUGGCAAGCCAUUAAAUACCGGUCACCGUUUCCGUACCACUUACGAUUUCGGUUUCUCCGCUUUGGAUAUCUUAACAGUUUACGCUGAAGAUAGCGGUGAAUAUACCUGCCGCGUUACCAACAACUUGGGUGAAGCUGUUAACUCCAUUCGCUUGAAUGUACAAUCCAGAUCAUCCAUCAUUCAGGAGACUCAACAUGAAGAAGCCUUGCAAAAGAUUCAAUACUUGGAAGAUGAGUCUCGCUUCCAACGCAAGGUUGAAGAAGAUCAAUAUAUGACUGAACGUCCUCAAUUUGGACGUCCUUUGCGUAAUGCUAAUACCAAUGAAGGCAAGCCCGUACAUUUGGAAGCCACUCUUACACCUGUAAACGAUCCUACCAUGAAGGUUGAGUGGUAUUGCAAUGGCAUCCCAAUCCAAACUGGCCAUCGUUUCAAGACCACCUAUGACUUUGGCUUUGUUGCCUUAGACAUCUUGUAUGCCCAUGCUGAAGAUACAGGAACCUACAUGUGCAAGGCCAAGAAUGCCGUAGGGGAAGCUGUCACGACUUGUGCUGUAAACGUAACAGCAAAUAAGACAUUGGAUCUCGACACUCUUGAUGCCGAGCGUUUGGAAAAGAUUCGUCAAUUGGAAAGCUAUGCUGCACCCAAGAAGGUCGAAGUUGAAGAGAAGGGUCAAAAGCCCAUCUUCUUAACUCCUCUUAGCAAUUUGGAACAUCUCAAGGAAGGCGAACACGCUCAUUUGGAGUGCCGUGUCGAACCAAUUAAUGACCCUAAUUUGAAGAUUGAAUGGUUCUGCAAUGGUAAACAAUUGCCUUUGGGCCAUCGUUACAGAACAACACAUGAUUUCGGUUAUGUUGCCUUGGACAUUCUCUACGUCUAUGGCGAGGAUACUGGUACUUACAUGUGCAAGGCUACCAAUUUGCUCGGCGAAGCUGUCAACACCUGCAAUGUUCGUGUUUUGAACCGCCGCAGCAUGAUUUUGGAUACUCAACAUCCUGAUGCUUUGGAAAAGAUUCAAAAACUCGAAUCCAAGGUAGUUACAACACGUACUGAGGUUAGCGAUCAACCCAUUAGCCCACCACAUUUCACCGCUGAAUUGCGUGGUACCACCGAAAUCUACGAGGGACAAACCGCUCACUUUGAAGCUCAAGUACAACCUGUACAUGAUCCUAAUUUGCGCAUUGAAUUCUAUCACAACGGAAAACCUUUGCCAUCAGCUUCUCGUUUCCAUAUCACAUUUGACUUCGGCUAUGUCGCUUUGGAUAUUACCCAUGCCGUAGCUGAAGAUGCUGGUGAAUAUUCCGUUCGUGCCGUUAACGCUUUGGGUCAAUGCGUAUCAUCGACCAAUUUACGUGUUAUUGCUCGUGGUACUAUCAUCUCCGAAACACAACAUCCUGAAGGUUUGGAAAAGAUUCGUAAAUUGGAAUCGACCGCUCCAUUCCAACGUCCUGAAUUGGAAACACCUGGUACUAGACAACGUCCCGUAUUUACUCAACCCUUACAAAACAUUGACCGCAUUAAUGAACAUCAAACUGCUCACUUCGAGUGCCGUUUGAUUCCAGUUGGUGAUCCCAAUCUUAAGGUCGAAUGGUACCGUAACGAAAAGGUCAUUGAAGACAGUUCUCGUAUUACCAAACAACACGAUUUCGGCUUUGUUUCUUUGGACAUUUCUCACAUUCGCAAGGAAGACGAAGGUGUUUACAUGUGCCGUGCCGUCAAUCCUCUUGGCGAGGCUGUUACCACUGCCUCUAUGCGCGUUGUUUCUGAAGCUAGUAUCCAAAUGGAUACUCAACAUCCCGACAGUAUCAGCCGUAUUCAUCAAUUGGAGCGUCCAUCUGCACCUCGCCCCGUCGAACCAGAACGUGCAUUUGAGAAGCCUAUUUUCACUCAACUUCUUACUGGUCCCUCUGAAUUGUGGGAAGGACAACAUGCUCACUUUGAAGCUCGUGUUGUACCAGUUGGCGAUCCAUCUUUGAAAUUCGAAUGGUACAUCAAUGGCGUUGAGUUGCAGAUGGGUUCUCGUUUGAGAACUACCAACGAUUUUGGUUUCGUAACACUCGAUAUUAGCUCUGUAGUACCCGAAGAUGCUGGUGUUUACAUGUGCCGUGCUUACAACGCUGCCGGUGAAGCUGUAUCAUCUACUGCUAUGAAGAUUAAGACCAAAUCCAACAUUAUCGGUGAACCAAUGAUUCCUGAAUCUUGGGAAGCUGUCCGUCUAAAGGAAGCUUCCAUGAAUCGUGUUCCUGAAAUGUUUGUCGAUACAACACCUCAACAAGCUCCAGUCUUUACAACUCAUUUGCAGAGCUUCGACAAACUCAGUGAAGGUCAACACGUACUUUUGGAAGCUCAAGUUGAACCUCGUGCUGAUCCCAACUUGCGCAUUGAAUGGUUCAAGAAUGGUAUUUCACUUACCACUGGCUCUCGUAUUCGCAGCACCUUUGACUUUGGUUUGGUCACUUUGUCCAUCAAUGGCUUGCGUGCCGACGACUCUGCCAUUUACACUUGCAAGGCCACCAAUCAAAUGGGUGAAGCUGUUUCCACCUGCUCACUCAAGAUUGAAGAUCGUCAUUGGUUGCAAGCUGAAUCUUUGCAUCCUGAUUCUUUGCCUCGUAUUGGAGAACUUGAAGCACCCAAACCUGGACGCCCCGAAGCUCCAGAACCAGUUUACGAAACUCCAGUAUUCAUUACUCACUUGAACAAUAUCGAUUGUAAGGAAAGCGAUAACGGCCGCUUCGAAUGUAAUGUUGAACCAUCUCGUGAUCCUACCAUGAAAAUUGAAUGGUUCUACAAUGGUCAACCAUUGCAAGCUGCUGCCAAAUUCAAGUCCAUCUAUGACUUUGGCUACUGUGCCUUGGAUAUGUCCAACCUUUAUGCUGAAAACAGUGGCGUCUACACUUGCAAGGCUACCAAUAGCAAGGGUUCUGCCACUACAUCUGGUACACUCAAGUGCACAAGUGGUAAGAUCAUGUUCUUGGACACUCAACAUCCUCAAGGUGAAGCUGGUUUGGAAGCUGUUAAGGAAACCGAAGAAGAAUUGGCUAAUCGUUACAACCGCGAAGUUGUCAAACCUGAAACUCACUAUCCUCCACCAGUCUGGACUAGACCUUUGCAAGCUGAGUUCCACUUGUCCGAAGCUCAACCUCUACAUUUGGAAGCUAAUGUUGAACCUAAAGAAGAUCCUAAUCUAUUCAUUGAAUGGUACUUCAAUGGCAAAUUGUUGCAACACGGUUCUCGUUUCAAGAUGACAAGUGAAUUUGGUUUUGUUACCAUGGAUCUCAUCGAGGUCUAUGAACGUGAUCAAGGUAUUUACACCUGCAAGGCCUACAACAAAUCGGGUGAAGCUUUCACCACCACUACCAUUUACUGCUCCAGCAAGGAUAGCAUCAUUGAACAAACCCAACAUCCUAAGGGUGCUGAAGGUCUCGAACAAAUUCAAGAUUUGGAAGAAUCUUUGCGCAAGGACGGCAGCAAACCCGAAAAACCAGAAGAAGGUAUGGCUCCUCGUUUCACUACUGAAUUCGUCAACAUCUCGGAUGUUGGUGAGGGCGAGAUUGCUCAUUAUGAAGCCAACCUCGUGCCCACCGGUGACCAAAGCAUGGUUAUUGAAUGGUUCUUCAAUGGCAAAGUACUUGAAGCUAGUCACCGUGUCCGCACCAUCUAUGCUUUCGGUAUGGUUGCUUUGGAAAUUUUAGGAACCAAGAUCGAAGAUACCGGCACCUACACUUGCCGUGCUACCAACAAAUACGGUUCUGCUGAAAUCAGCUGCACUCUUGAGUGUGUUGAUAAGCCACGUGGCCAGAAACCUCGUUUCACCUCCCAAAUUCAAUCGUUGGAAGGUCUUAAGGAUGGUCAAUCUGCUCACUUUGAGUGUACUCUUAUUCCUGUCAAUGAUCCUGAACUUAAGGUUGAAUGGUAUCACAACGGCAAGCUUAUGCGUCACUCCAACCGUAUUAAGACCGUUUCCGAUUUCGGUUAUGUUGUCUUGGAUAUUUCCUAUUUGCAAGAUCAUGACAGCGGUGAAUAUGUUUGCCGUGCUUACAACAAAUAUGGUGAAGACUUUACCAGAGCUACUCUUAACUGCCGUGGUCGUGGAGGUGUAUUCUACGACAGCUUGCAACCCGAUUCUCUGCAAAGAAUUAGGGAAUUGGAGUGCCCACAAUUGCCAGGAGAGGCUGUUGCCCCUGUUGUCGCUGAACCACCCAAGUUCAUUACCCACAUCAAGGAUGUCACCAAAUUGGUUGAAGGACAAAGUGUUCACUUUGAAGCUCGUCUUACUCCUAUCACCGAUCCCGAUCUUAAGGUUGAAUGGUACUUCAAUGGCAAGAAAUUGCCCCAUGGCCAUCGUUUCCGUACUUUCCACGAUUUCGGUAUUGUUAUUUUGGAUAUUUUGUACUGCUAUGAAGAAAACUCCGGUGUUUACGAAUGCCGUGCUGUUAACAAAUAUGGUGAAGAUGUAACUCGUGCUACUCUCACCUGCUCUUCCAAGGCCAAUUUGAUUUUGGAUUCCCAAUUGCCACGCGGCAUGGAAGGUGGCUUGGAAAAGAUUGCCAACUUGGAAUACAGCAUGGUACGUACACGUGACGAAACUGUAGAAGAAACCAAAGGUAAGGCACCCGUGUUCACUGUACCUUUGGAGAACAUUGACAAUUUGCGCGAAGGUGAAAAUUGCCACUUUGAAGCUCGUGUAACACCCACCGAUGAUCCUAGACUCAGAGUUGAAUGGUACUGGAAUGGUCGUCCUUUGAAGGCCGGUUCUCGUUUCCGCACAUUCUGCGACUUUGGUUUCGUCAUUUUGGAAAUCUCACCCGUAUAUCCCGAAGACUCUGGUGAGUACUCUUGCCGUGCUAUUAACGAGUACGGUGAAGCUGUAACCACUGCCACCAUGAAGAUUGCCGGUAAACGCAGCAUCAUCAUGGAAUCCCAAUUGCCCAAGGGUAUGGAAGGCACCAUUGAUCGUAUUGCCGAAUUGGAAGGUUUGGGUGUACGCAGCACUGAAUUCGCUCCCGAAGAUGAUACCGGUAAACCACCAGAAUUCAUUACCACUCCCUUCGAUAUGGUCAUCAAUGAAAAUCAAUUGGCUCACUUUGAAUGUCGCUUGCAGCCUAUCAACGAUCCCAGUAUGCGUGUCGAUUGGUUCCAUAACGGCAAAGCCUUGUGGGCCGGUUCCCGCAUUAAGACUAUCAAUGAUUUUGGUUUCGUAAUUUUGGAAAUUGCCGGCUGUUAUCAACGCGACUCUGGUUUGUACACUUGCAAGGCCACCAAUAAACAUGGUGAAGCUACUGUCUCGUGCAAACUUCAGGUUAAGGGUCGCCAAGGCAUUGUCAUGGAACCACAAUUGCCUUCCAACUUCCGUACCGGUACCGAAAGCUUGCAGAAACUCGAAGAAAGCAUGCACAGGAGAGAGGAAAUCGUGGUCGAUGAAGAACAACCCAACCCACCCAAGUUUAUUGAAGAAAUCAAGGAUAACUUGGAUGUUCAAGAAGGUGGUCCCAUUCACUUUGACUGCCGCGUUGAACCGGUGGGUGAUCCCACUAUGCGCAUUGAAUGGUUCUAUAAUGGCCGUCCUUUGCCUACAGGUUCUCGUGUACAUCAAUUGAAUGACUUUGGUUUCAUUGCUUUGGAUAUUGAUUAUAUAUAUGCUCGCGACUCCGGUGAAUACACCUGCCGUGCCGUUAACAAAUGGGGCGUUGCUACCACCACUGCCAAGGUCACCUGCAAGGGUAAGGGCAACAUUGUCUAUGAUACUCAAUUGCCUGAUGGCAUGACUGCCGAAAAAUUGAGAGAAUUAGAUCGUGGUCGCAUUCCUGAAGUAGUACAACAGGAAGAGGUCGAAUAUGGACCACCUAAGUUCAUUACCGAAAUUGCUUCAGUGACUGUUGAAGAAGCUGAAGCAGUACGUUUCGAGUGCCAAGUUGAACCCAAGAACGAUCCCAAUUUGCGCAUUGAAUGGUACCGCAAUGGCAAGCUUUUGCCAUCCGGUCACAGAUAUAGAAACAUUGUGGAUAUGGGUUUCGUAUCAUUGGAUAUUUUGUAUGUUUAUGCUGAAGAUUCCGGUGAAUAUGUAUGCCGUGCUUAUAACAAAUACGGUGAAGAUCGCACCAAGGCUACCAUUUCCUGCAAGCAAUUGCCUUCGAUUAUGUUGCAAAAUCAAGUACCACGUGGCAUGAAACGUUCCGAGACCCUGACUCAAAUGGAAGCCACCAUUAAGAAGUAUACUUCAGAAGUGCACUUAACCGAGGAUGAUCUUUUCGAUCCUGAUCGCAAGCAACCACCUCGUUUUGUUACUCAAAUCAAGGAUCAAACCAAUCUCACCGAAAUGGCUGUUACCAAGUUUGAGUGUCAAUUGGCACCAGUGGGUGAUCCCAAUAUGAAGGUCGAAUGGUUCUUCAAUGGCAAACCAUUGUUGUACAAGAACCGCUUCCAACCUAUUUAUGAUUUCGGUUAUGUAGCCAUGAACUUUGGCUGGGUUUAUCCCGAAGAUAGCGGUGAAUAUGUCUGCCGUGCUACCAACUUGUAUGGCAAGGAUGAGACCAGAGCUUUCAUUAAGGUUGCUGGUAAACCAGGCAUUGUCUACGAUUCUCAAUUGCCCAAACAUAUGCAUAGUAUUGAUCGUAUUCGUGAAAUGGAAGCCUCUUGGCAAGUUGUUCCCGAGGAAGUUGAUCCCGAUGCAAGACCUAGAUCGAAACCCGUGUUUGUUAGCAAAUUGGAACCACAAACCGUUGAAGAGGGCGAACCUGCACGAUUCUGUGUACGCGUUACUGGUUAUCCACGUCCAAGAGUUAUGUGGCUCAUCAAUGGUCACACUGUGGUUCAUGGUUCUCGUUAUAAGCUUACUAACGAUGGUAUGUUCCACAUGGAUAUACCCAAGACCAGACAAUACGAUACCGGCAAAGUGGAAGUUAUUGCCCGUAACUCUGUGGGUGAAGCUAUUGCUACCACUGAACUUAAUGUUGUAGCCCGUUCCGAUGAUUAUCGCGGUGUCCUUAAGAAUUCACCACGUCGCAUUGUUGGUACUAAGGAUUACCGCAAACCGGAAUGGGUGACUCAUAUGGAAGAAAUGCAAAAGGCUCUUAAAGAUACCACACAAACAAUUCACACACCAGAACACACAGAUACACACGUAACAUCACAAAAAAUCACAGAAAUGCCUGAAGAAAUUCACGAGGUUGAAACAAUUUCCACCGAUGGUAAACUAAAGAAAAAGAAGAUUCGCACUCGUGUCAUUAAGAAGAUCAAGGGUGACAAACAAGAGGUAACCAAGAUCGAAACUGUUGAGGAAGAUGACAAACAACCUGAAACAACAGUCACUGUCGAAGAAACUCCAGUUGAAGAACAACCCAAAGAAGAAGUUAAAGAACUUCCAGAAGAAGUUAGAGUAAUUGAGACAAUUUCGGAAGAUGGCAAGCCAAAGAAAAAGAAGAUCCGUACACGUGUCAUCAAGAAGAUCAAGGGUAACAAGCAAGAGGUAACCAAGAUCGAAACUGUUGAGGAAGAUGACAAACAACCUGAAACAACUGUCACUGUUGAAGAAACUCCAGUUGAAGAACAGCCCGAAGAAGUUAAAGAACUUCCAGAAGAAGUUAAAAUAAUUGAGACAAUUUCUGAAGAUGGUAAACCCAAGAAAAAGAAGAUCCGCACUCGUGUAAUCAAAAAGGUUAAGGGUGACAAACAAGAAGUAACCAAGAUCGAAACUGUUGAGGAAGAUGACAAACAACCCGAAACAACAGUUACUGUCGAAGAAACUCCAGUUGAUGAACAACCCGAAGAAGUCAAAGAACUACCAGAGGAAGUUAAAAUAAUUGAGACUAUUUCUGAAGAUGGCAAACCCAAGAAAAAGAAGAUCCGAACUCGCGUAAUCAAAAAGGUUAAGGGUGACAAACAAGAAGUAACCAAGAUCGAAACUGUUGAGGAAGAUGACAAACAACCUGAAACAACAGUUACUGUCGAAGAAACUCCAGUUGAAGAACAACCCGAAAAAGUUAAAGAACUUCCAGAAGAAGUUAAAAUAAUUGAGACAAUUUCUGAAGAUGGUAAGCCCAAGAAAAAGAAGAUCCGCACUCGUGUAAUCAAAAAGGUUAAGGGUGACAAACAAGAAGUAACCAAGAUCGAAACUGUUGAAGAAGAUGACAAACAACCCGAAACAACAGUUACUGUCGAAGAAACUCCAGCUGAAGAACAACCCGAAAAAGUUAAAGAACUGCCAGAAGAAGUUAAAAUAAUUGAGACAAUUUCUGAAGAUGGUAAGCCCAAGAAAAAGAAGAUCCGCACUCGUGUAAUCAAAAAGGUUAAGGGUGACAAACAAGAAGUAACCAAGAUCGAAACUGUUGAGGAAGAUGACAAACAACCCGAAACAACAGUUACUGUCGAAGAAACUCCAGUUGAAGAACAACCCGAAGAAGUCAAAGAACUACCAGAAGAAGUUAAAAUAAUUGAGACCAUUUCUGAAGAUGGUAAGCCCAAGAAAAAGAAGAUCCGAACUCGCGUAAUCAAAAAGGUCAAGGGUGACAAACAAGAAGUAACCAAGAUUGAAACUAUUGAGGAAGAUGACAAACAACCUGAAACAACAGUUACUGUGGAAGAAACUCCAGUUGAAGAACAACCCGAAAAAGCUAAAGAACUUCCAGAAGAAGUUAAAAUAAUUGAGACAAUUUCUGAAGAUGGUAAGCCCAAGAAAAAGAAGAUCCGCACUCGUGUAAUCAAAAAGGUUAAGGGUGACAAACAAGAAGUAACCAAGAUCGAAACUGUUGAGGAAGAUGACAAACAACCGGAAACAACAGUUACUGUCGAAGAAACUCCAGUUGAAGAACAACCCGAAGAAGUCAAAGAACUACCAGAAGAAGUUAAAAUAAUUGAGACCAUUUCUGAAGAUGGUAAGCCCAAGAAAAGGAAGAUCCGAACUCGCGUAAUCAAAAAGGUCAAGGGUGACAAACAAGAAGUAACCAAGAUUGAAACUAUUGAGGAAGAUGACAAACAACCUGAAACAACAGUUACUGUGGAAGAAACUCCAGUUGAAGAACAACCCGAAAAAGUUAAAGAACUUCCAGAAGAAGUUAAAAUAAUUCAGACAAUUUCUGAAGAUGGUAAGCUCAAGAAAAAGAAGAUCCGCACUCGUGUAAUCAAAAAGGUUAAGGGUGACAAACAAGAAGUAACCAAGAUCGAAACUGUUGAGGAAGAUGACAAACAACCCGAAACAACAAUUACUGUCGAAGAAACUCCAGUUGAAGAACAACCCGAAGAAGUCAAAGAACUACCAGAAGAAGUUAAAAUAAUUGAGACCAUUUCUGAAGAUGGCAAACCCAAGAAAAAGAAGAUCCGAACUCGCGUAAUCAAAAAGGUCAAGGGUGACAAACAAGAAGUAACCAAGAUUGAAACUAUUGAGGAAGAUGACAAACAACCCGAAACAACAGUUACUAUCGAAGAAACUCCAGUAGAAGAACAACCCGAUGAAGUAAAGGAACUUCCAGAAGAAGUUAAAAUAAUUGAGACAAUUUCUGAAGAUGGCAAACCCAAGAAAAAGAAAAUCCGCACUCGCGUAAUCAAAAAGGUUAAGGGUGACAAACAAGAAGUAACCAAGAUCGAAACAGUUGAGGAAGACGACAAACAACCUGAAACAACAGUAACUGUCGAAGAAACUCCUGUUGAAGAACAACCCGAAGAAGUUAAAGAAUUGCCAGAAGAAGUUAGGGUGAUAGAAAUAAUUUCAGAAGAAGGUAAACCCAAGAAAAAGAAGAUUCGCACUCGUGUUAUUAAGAAGGUUAAGGGUGACAAACAAGAGGUGACCAAGAUCGAAACUGUUGAGGAAGAUGACAAAUUACCUGAAACAACAGUUACUGUCGAAGAAACUCCAAUUGAAGAACAACCAGAAGAAGUUAAGGAACUUCCAGAAGAAGUUAGGGUAAUAGAAACAAUUUCUGAAGAUGGCAAACCCAAGAAAAAGAAGAUCCGCACUCGCGUCAUCAAGAAGGUUAAGGGCGACAAACAAGAAGUUACCAAAAUCGAAACUGUGGAGGAAGAUGACAAGCAACCUGAAACAACAGUUACUGUCGAAGAAACUCCAAUGGAGGAACAACAUGAAGAAGUUCAGGAACUUCCAGAAGAAGUGAAAGUAAUAGAAACAAUCUCUGAAGAUGGCAAACCCAAGAAAAAGAAAAUCCGCACUCGCGUCAUUAAGAAGGUUAAGGGAGACAAACAAGAAGUAACUAAGAUUGAAACUGUUGAGGAAGAUGACAAGCAACCUGAAACGACAGUUACUGUCGAAGAAACCCCUGUUGAAGAACAACCUGAAGAAGUUCAGGAACUUCCAGAAGAAGUGAAAGUAAUAGAAACAAUCUCUGAAGAUGGCAAACCCAAGAAAAAGAAAAUCCGCACCCGUGUCAUUAAGAAGGUUAAGGGUGACAAACAAGAAGUGACCAAGAUAGAAACUGUUGAGGAAGAUAACAAGGAACCCGAAACCACAGUUACUGUGGAAGAAACCCCAAUUGAAGAACAGCCUGAAGAGGUGAAGGAACUUCCAGAAGAAGUUAAAGUUAUUGAAACCAUUUCAGAAGACGGCAAGCCUAAGAAAAAGAAGAUCCGCACACGUGUUAUCAAGAAGGUUAAAGGAGACAAACAAGAAGUCACAAAGAUUGAAACCGUUGAAGAAGACGAUAAACAACCCGAAACAACAGUAACUGUUGAAGAAACUGCAAUUGAAGAGAAACCGGAGGAAGUCAAGGAGCUUCCAGAAGAAGUAAGAGUAAUUGAGACAAUUUCUGAAGAUGGCAUGCCUAAGAAAAAGAAAAUCCGCACACGUGUCAUCAAAAAGGUUAGGGGUGACAAACAAGAAGUGACCAAGAUCGAAACUGUUGAGGAAGAUGACAAGCAACCCGAAACGACAGUUACUGUCGAAGAAACCCCAAUUGAAGAACAGCCUGAAGAAGUUCAGGAACUUCCAGAAGAAGUGAAAGUAAUAGAAACAAUCUCUGAAGAUGGCAAACCCAAGAAAAAGAAAAUCCGCACUCGCGUCAUAAAGAAGGUUAAGGGAGACAAACAAGAAGUAACUAAGAUUGAAACUGUUGAGGAAGAUGACAAGCAACCUGAAACGACAGUUACUGUCGAAGAAACCCCUGUUGAAGAACAACCUGAAGAAGUUCAGGAACUUCCAGAAGAAGUGAAAGUAAUAGAAACAAUCUCUGAAGAUGGCAAACCCAAGAAAAAGAAAAUCCGCACCCGUGUCAUUAAGAAGGUUAAGGGUGACAAACAAGAAGUGACCAAGAUCGAAACUGUUGAGGAAGAUGACAAACAACCCGAAACGACUGUUACUGUCGAAGAAACCCCAAUUGAAGAACAGCCUGAAGAGGUGAAGGAACUUCCAGAAGAAGUUAAAGUUAUUGAAACCAUUUCAGAAGACGGCAAGCCUAAGAAAAAGAAGAUCCGCACACGUAUCAUCAAAAAGGUUAAAGGAGACAAACAAGAAGUCACAAAGAUUGAAACCGUUGAAGAAGACGAUAAACAACCCGAAACUACAGUAACUGUUGAAGAAACCCCAAUUGAAGAGAAAACGGAGGAAGUCAAGGAGCUUCCAGAAGAAGUAAGAGUAAUUGAGACAAUUUCUGAAGAUGGCAAACCUAAGAAAAAGAAGAUCCGCACUCGUGUCAUCAAGAAGGUUAAGGGUGACAGACAAGAAGUGACCAAAAUCGAAACUGUUGAAGAAGAUGACAAACAACCCGAAACAACAGUUACAAUUGAAGAAUCACCUUUUGAAGAACAACCCGAAGAAAUUAAAGAACUUCCUGAAGAAGUUCGUGUUAUCGAGUCUGUUACAGAAGAAGGUAAACCGAAGAAGAAGGUUAUUCGUACACGUGUUAUCAAGAAGGUCAGGGGUGAUAAACAAGAGGUCACUAAGAUCGAGACUGUUGAAGAAGAUGAUAGACAACCCGAAACUACAGUAACUGUUGAAGAGGCUCCUAUUGAAGAACAACCCGAAAAAAUUAAGGAGCUUCCUGAAGAAGUUCGUGUUAUCGAGUCUGUUACUGAAGAAGGUAAACCCAAGAAGAAGGUUAUUCGUACACGUGUUAUUAAGAAGGUCAAGGGUGAUAAACAAGAAGUCACUAAGAUCGAGACUGUUGAAGAAGAUGAUAAACAACCCGAAACUACAGUAACUGUUGAAGAGGCUCCUAUUGAAAAACAACCCGAAGAAAUUAAGGAGCUUCCUGAAGAAGUUCGUGUUAUCGAGUCUGUUACUGAAGAAGGUAAACCGAAGAAGAAGGUUAUUCGUACACGUGUUAUCAAGAAGGUCAGGGGUGAUAAACAGGAAGUCACUAAGAUCGAGACUGUUGAAGAAGAUGAUAAACAACCCGAAACUACAGUAACUGUUGAAGAGACUCCUAUUGAAAAACAACCCGAAGAAAUUAAGGAACUUCCUGAAGAAGUUCGUGUUGUCGAGUCUGUUACUGAAGAAGGUAAACCGAAAAAGAAGGUUAUUCGUACACGUGUUAUCAAGAAGGUCAGGGGUGAUAAACAGGAAGUGACUAAGAUCGAGACUGUUGAAGAAGAUGAUAAACAACCCGAAACUACAGUAACUGUUGAAGAGGCUCCUAUUGAAAAACAACCCGAAGAAAUUAAGGAACUUCCUGAAGAAGUUCGUGUUGUCGAGUCUGUUACUGAAGAAGGUAAACCAAAGAAGAAGGUUAUUCGUACACGUGUUAUUAAGAAGGUCAAGGGUGAUAAACAAGAAGUCACUAAGAUCGAGACUGUUGAAGAAGAUGAUAAACAACCCGAAACUACAGUAACUGUUGAAGAGGCUCCUAUUGUAGAACAACCCGAAGACAUUAAGGAACUUCCUGAAGAAGUUCGUGUUGUCGAGUCUGUUACUGAAGAAGGUAAACCGAAGAAGAAGGUUAUCCGUACCCGUGUUAUCAAAAAAGUUAAGGGUGAUAAACAAGAAGUCACAAAGAUUGAAACCGUUGAAGAGGACGAUAAACAACCCGAAACUACAGUAACUAUUGAAGAGGCUCCUAUUGAAAAACAACCGGAAGAAAUUAAGGAACUUCCUGAAGAAGUUCGUGUUGUCGAGUCUGUUACUGAAGAAGGUAAACCGAAGAAGAAGGUUAUUCGCACUCGUGUUAUCAAGAAGGUCAAAGGUGAUAAACAAGAAGUCACAAAGAUCGAAACUGUUGAAGAAGAUGAUAAACAACCCGAAACUACAGUAACUGUUGAAGAGACUCCUAUUGAUGAUAAACCCGAAGAAAUAAAGGAACUUCCUGAAGAAGUUCGUGUUGUUGAGUCCGUUACUGAAGAAGGUAAACAGAAGAAGAAGGUUAUUCGUACACGUGUUAUCAAGAAGGUCAAGGGUGAUAAACAAGAAGUCACUAAGAUUGAAACCGUUGAAGAAGACGAUAAACAACCAGAAACCACAGUAACUGUAGAAGAGGCUCCUAUUGAAGAACAACCCGAAGAAAUUAAGGAACUUCCUGAAGAAGUUCGCGUUGUCGAGUCUGUUUCUGAAGAAGGUAAACCGAAGAAGAAAGUUAUUCGUACACGUGUUAUCAAGAAGGUGAAGGGUGAUAAACAAGAAGUCACUAAGAUUGAAACCGUUGAAGAAGACGAUAAGAAACCCGAAACCACAGUAACUGUCGAAGAGGCUCCUAUUGAAGAACAACCCGAAGAAAUUAAGGAACUUCCUGAAGAAGUUCGUGUUGUCGAGUCUGUUACUGAAGAAGGUAAACCGAAGAAGAAGGUAAUCCGUACCCGUGUUAUCAAGAAGGUCAAGGGUGAUAAACAAGAAGUGACUAAGAUCGAGACUGUUGAAGAAGAUGAUAAACAACCCGAAACUACGGUAACUGUUGAAGAGGCUCCAAUUGAAGAACAACCCGAAGAAAUUAAGGAACUUCCUGAAGAAGUUCGCGUUGUCGAGUCUGUUACUGAAGAAGGUAAACCGAAGAAAAAGAUUAUUCGUACACGUGUUAUCAAGAAGGUCAAGGGUGAUAAACAAGAAGUGGCUAAGAUCGAGACUGUUGAAGAAGAUGAUAAGCAACCCGAAACUACAUUAACUGUUGAAGAGGCUCCUACUGAAGAACAAUCCGAAAAAAUUAAGGAACUUCCUGAAGAUGUUCGUGUUAUCGAGUCUGUUUCUGAAGAUGGUAAGCCCAAGAAGAAGGUUGUUCGCACUCGUGUUAUCAAGAAGGUCAAGGGUGACAAACAAGAAGUUACCAAGAUUGAAACCGUAGAAGAAGACGAUAAGAAACCCGAAACCACAGUAACUGUCGAAGAGGCUCCUAUUGAAGAACAACCACAAGAAAUUAAGGAACUUCCUGAAGAAGUUCGUGUUGUCGAGUCUAUUACUGAAGAAGGUAAACCGAAGAAAAAGGUUAUUCGUACACGUGUAAUCAAGAAGGUCAAGGGUGAUAAACAAGAAGUCACUAAGAUCGAAACUGUUGAAGAAGAUGAUAAACAACCAGAAACUACGGUAACUGUUGAAGAGGCUCCAAUUGAAGAACAACGCGAAGAAAUUAAGGAACUUCCUGAAGAAGUUCGCGUUGUCGAGUCUGUUACUGAAGAAGGUAAACCGAAGAAGAAGGUUAUUCGCACACGUAUUAUCAAGAAGGUCAAGGGUGAUAAACAAGAAGUGACUAAGAUCGAGACUGUUGAAGAAGAUGAUAAACAACCAGAAACUACGGUAACUGUUGAAGAAGCUCCAAUUGAAGAACAACCCGAAGAAAUUAAGGAACUUCCUGAAGAAGUUCGCGUUGUCGAGUCUGUUACUGAAGAAGGUAAACCGAAGAAGAAGGUUAUUCGCACUCGUGUUAUCAAGAAGGUCAAGGGUGAUAAACAAGAAGUGACUAAGAUCGAGACUGUUGAAGAAGAUGAUAAACAACCAGAAACCACAGUAACUGUCGAAGAGGCUCCUAUUGAAGAAGACAACCCCGAAGAAAUUAAGGAAUUUCCUGAAGAAGUUCGUGUUGUCGAGUCUGUUACUGAAGAAGGUAAACCGAAGAAGAAGGUUAUCCGUACACGUGUAAUCAAGAAGGUCAAGGGUGAUAAACAAGAAGUCACUAAGAUUGAAACCGUUGAAGAAGACGAUAAACAACCAGAAACUACAGUAACUGUCGAAGAGACUCCUAUUGAAGAAAACCCCGAAGAAAUUAAAGAACUUCCUGAAGAAGUUCGUGUUGUCGAGUCUGUUACUGAAGAAGGUAAACCGAAGAAGAAGGUUAUCCGUACCCGUGUUAUCAAGAAGGUCAAGGGUGAUAAACAAGAAGUGACUAAGAUCGAGACUGUUGAAGAAGAUGAUAAACAACCCGAAACUACGGUAACUGUUGAAGAGGCCCCAAUUGAAGAACAACCCGAAGAAAUUAAGGAACUUCCUGAAGAAGUUCGAGUUGUCGAGUCUGUUACUGAAGAAGGUAAACCGAAGAAGAAGGUUAUUCGCACUCGUGUUAUCAAGAAGGUCAAGGGUGAUAAACAAGAAGUCACUAAGAUCGAGACUGUUGAAGAAGAUGAUAAACAACCCGAAACCACAGUAACUGUUGAAGAGGCUCCUAUUGAAGAACAACCCGAAAAAAUUAAGGAACUUCCUGAAGAAGUUCGUGUUAUCGAGUCUGUUUCUGAAGAAGGUAAACCGAAGAAGAAGGUUAUUCGUACACGUGUUAUCAAGAAGGUCAAGGGUGAUAAACAAGAAGUCACUAAAAUCGAGACUGUUGAAGAAGAUGAUAAACAACCCGAAACUACAGUAACUGUUGAAGAGGCUCCUAUUAAAGAUCAACCCGAAGAAAUUGAGGAACUUCCUGAAGAAGUUCGCGUUGUCGAGUCUGUUACUGAAGAAGGUAAACCGAAGAAGAAGGUUAUUCGUACUCGUGUCAUCAAGAAGGUCAAGGGUGAUAAACAAGAAGUGACUAAGAUCGAGACUGUUGAAGAAGACGAUAAACAACCAGAAACCACAGUAACUGUCGAAGAGGCUCCUAUUGAAGAAAAACCACGAGAAAUUAAGGAACUUCCUGAAGAAGUUCGCGUUGUCGAGUCUGUUACUGAAGAAGGUAAACCGAAGAAGAAGGUUAUUCGUACACGUGUAAUCAAGAAGGUCAAGGGUGAUAAACAAGAAGUCACUAAGAUUGAAACCGUUGAAGAAGACGAUAAAAAACCCGAAACUAUAGUAACUGUCGAAGAGGCUCCUAUUGAAGAACAACCCGAAGAAAUUAAGGAACUUCCGGAAGAAGUUCGUGUUGUCGAGUCUGUUACUGAAGAAGGUAAACCGAAGAAGAAGGUUAUCCGUACACGUGUUAUCAAGAAGGUGAUGGGUGAUAAACAAGAAGUCACUAAGAUCGAGACUGUUGAAGAAGAUGAUAAACAACCCGAAACUACGGUAACUGUUGAAGAGGCUCCUAUUGAAGAACAACCCGAAGAAAUUAAGGAACUUCCUGAAGAAGUUCGUGUUAUCGAGUCUGUUUCUGAAGAUGGUAAGCCCAAGAAGAAGGUUGUUCGCACUCGUGUUAUCAAGAAAGUCAAGGGUGAUAAACAAGAAGUUACCAAGAUUGAAACCGUAGAAGAAAACGACAAGCAACCCGAAACCACAGUAACUGUUGAAGAGGCUCCCAUUGAAGAACAACCAGAAGAAAUUAAAGAACUUCCUGAAGAAGUUCGUGUUGUCGAGUCUGUUACUGAAGAAGGUAAACCGAAGAAAAAGAUUAUUCGUACACGUGUUAUCAAGAAGGUCAAGGGUGAUAAACAAGAAGUCACUAAGAUCGAAACUGUUGAAGAAGAUGAUAAACAACCCGAAACUACAGUAACUGUUGAAGAGGCUCCUAUUGAAGAACAACCCGAAGAAAUUCAGGAACUUCCUGAAGAAGUUCGCGUUGUCGAGUCUGUUUCUGAAGAAGGUAAACCGAAAAAGAAGGUUAUUCGUACACGUGUAAUCAAGAAGGUGAAGGGUGAUAAACAAGAAGUUACUAAGAUUGAAACCGUUGAAGAAGACGAUAAGAAACCCGAAACCACAGUAACUGUCGAAGAGGCUCCUAUUGAAGAACAACCCGAAAAAAUUAAGGAACUUCCUGAAGAAGUUCGUGUUAUCGAGUCUGUUUCUGAAGAUGGUAAACCCAAGAAGAAGGUUGUUCGAACUCGUGUUAUCAAGAAGGUCAAGGGUGAUAAACAAGAAGUCACAAAGAUUGAGACUGUUGAAGAAGACGACAAACAACCCGAAACCACAGUAACUGUUGAAGAGGCUCCUAUUAAAGAACAACCCGAAGAAAUUAAAGAACUUCCGGAAGAAGUUCGUGUUAUUGAGUCGGUUUCUGAAGAUGGUAAACCCAAGAAGAAGGUUGUUCGCACUCGUGUUAUCAAGAAGGUCAAGGGUGACAAACAAGAAGUUACCAAGAUUGAAACCGUAGAAGAAGACGACAAGCAACCCGAAACCACAGUAACUGUUGAAGAGGCUCCCAUUGAAGAACAACCACAAGAAAUUAAGGAACUUCCUGAAGAAGUUCGUGUUGUCGAGUCUAUUACUGAAGAAGGCAAACCGAAGAAAAAGGUUAUUCGUACACGUGUAAUCAAGAAGGUCAAGGGUGAUAAACAAGAAGUCACUAAGAUCGAAACUGUUGAAGAAGAUGAUAAACAACCCGAAACUACAGUAACUGUUGAAGAGGCUCCCAUUGAAGAACAACCAGAAGAAAUUAAAGAACUUCCUGAAGAAGUUCGUGUUGUCGAGUCUGUUACUGAAGAAGGUAAACCGAAGAAGAAGGUUGUUCGCACUCGUGUUAUCAAGAAGGUCAAGGGAGACAAACAAGAAGUUACCAAGAUUGAAACCGUAGAAGAAGACGACAAGCAACCCGAAACCACAGUAACUGUUGAGGAGGCUCCUGUCGAAGAACAGCCCGAAGAAAUUAAGGAACUUCCUGAAGAAGUUCGUGUUAUUGAGUCGGUUUCUGAAGAUGGUAAACCCAAGAAGAAGGUUGUUCGCACUCGUGUUAUCAAGAAGGUCAAGGGUGAUAAACAAGAAGUCACAAAGAUUGAGACCGUUGAAGAAGACGACAAACAACCCGAAACCACAGUAACUGUUGAAGAGGCUCCUGUCGAAGAACAGCCCGAAGAAAUUAAGGAACUUCCUGAAGAAGUUCGUGUUACUGAGUCGGUUUCUGAAGAUGGUAAACCCAAGAAGAAGGUUGUUCGCACUCGUGUUAUCAAGAAGGUCAAGGGUGACAAACAAGAAGUUACCAAGAUUGAAACCGUAGAAGAAGACGACAAGCAACCCGAAACCACAGUAACUGUUGAAGAGGCUCCCAUUGAAGAACAACCACAAGAAAUUAAGGAACUUCCUGAAGAAGUUCGUGUUGUCGAGUCUAUUACUGAAGAAGGCAAACCGAAGAAAAAGGUUAUUCGUACACGUGUAAUCAAGAAGGUCAAGGGUGAUAAACAAGAAGUCACUAAGAUCGAAACUGUUGAAGAAGAUGAUAAACAACCCGAAACUACAGUAACUGUUGAAGAGGCUCCCAUUGAAGAACAACCAGAAGAAAUUAAAGAACUUCCUGAAGAAGUUCGUGUUGUCGAGUCUGUUACUGAAGAAGGUAAACCGAAGAAGAAGGUUAUUCGUACACGUGUAAUCAAGAAGGUCAAAGGUGAUAAACAAGAAGUUACUAAGAUCGAGACUGUAGAAGAAGAUGAUAAGCAACCCGAAACUACAGUAACUGUUGAAGAGGCUGCUGUCGAAGAACAGCCCGAAGAAAUCAAGGAACUUCCUGAAGAAGUUCGUGUUAUCGAGUCUGUUUCUGAAGAUGGUAAGCCCAAGAAGAAGGUUAUUCGCACUCGUGUUAUCAAGAAGGUCAUGGGUAACAAACAAGAAGUCACCAAGAUUGAAACCGUAGAAGAAGACGACAAACAACCCGAAACCACAGUUACUAUUGAAGAGGCUUCUGUGGAAGAACAGCCCGAAGAAAUUAAGGAACUUCCUGAAGAAGUUCGUGUUAUCGAGUCUAUUUCUGAAGAUGGUAAACCCAAGAAGAAGGUUGUUCGCACUCGUGUUAUCAAGAAGGUCAAGGGUGACAAACAAGAAGUCACUAAGAUUGAAACCGUAGAAGAAGACGACAAACAACCCGAAACCACAGUAACGGUUGAAAAAGCUCCUGUGGAAGAACAACCCGAAGAAAUUAAGGAACUUCCUGAAGAAGUUCGCGUUGUCGAGUCUGUUACUGAAGAAGGUAAACCGAAGAAAAAGAUUAUUCGAACACGUGUUAUCAAGAAGGUCAAGGGUGAUAAACAAGAAGUGACUAAGAUCGAGACUGUUGAAGAAGAUGAUAAGCAACCCGAAACUACAGUAACUGUUGAAGAGGUUCCUACUGAAGAACAACCCGAAAAAAUUAAGGAACUUCCUGAAGAAGUUCGUGUUAUCGAGUCUGUUUCUGAAGAUGGUAAACCCAAGAAGAAGGUUGUUCGAACUCGUGUUAUCAAGAAGGUCAAGGGAGAUAAACAAGAAGUCACAAAGAUUGAGACUGUUGAAGAAGACGACAAACAACCCGAAACCACAGUAACUGUUGAAGAGGCUCCUGUCGAAGAACAGCCCGAAGAAAUUAAGGAACUUCCUGAAGAAGUUCGUGUUAUCGAGUCUGUUUCUGAAGAUGGUAAGCCCAAGAAGAAGGUUGUUCGCACUCGUGUUAUCAAGAAGGUCAAGGGUGACAAACAAGAAGUCACAAAGAUUGAGACCGUUGAAGAAGACGACAAACAACCCGAAACCACAGUAACUGUUGAAGAAGCUCCUGUCGAAGAACAGCCCGAAGAAAUUAAGGAACUUCCUGAAGAAGUUCGUGUUAUUGAGUCGGUUUCUGAAGAUGGUAAACCCAAGAAGAAGGUUGUUCGCACGCGUGUUAUCAAGAAGGUCAAGGGUGAUAAACAAGAAGUCACAAAGAUUGAGACCGUUGAAGAAGACGACAAACAACCCGAAACCACAGUAACUGUUGUACAGGCUCCUGUCGAAGAACAGCCCGAAGAAAUUAAGGAACUUCCUGAAGAAGUUCGUGUUAUUGAGUCGGUUUCUGAAGAUGGUAAACCGAAGAAGAAGGUUGUUCGCACUCGUGUUAUCAAGAAGGUCAAGGGUGAUAAACAAGAAGUCACAAAGAUUGAGACCGUUGAAGAAGACGACAAACAACCCGAAACCACAGUAACUGUUGAAGAGGCUCCUAUUAAAGAACAACCCGAAGAAAUUAAAGAACUUCCGGAAGAAGUUCGUGUUAUUGAGUCGGUUUCUGAAGAUGGUAAACCCAAGAAGAAGGUUGUUCGCACUCGUGUUAUCAAGAAGGUCAAGGGUGACAAACAAGAAGUCACAAAGAUUGAGACCGUUGAAGAAGGCGACAAGCAACCCGAAACAACAGUAACUGUUGAAGAGGCUCCAGUCGAAGAACAGCCCGAAGAAAUUAAGGAACUUCCUGAAGAAGUUCGUGUUAUUGAGUCGGUUUCUGAAGAUGGUAAACCCAAGAAGAAGAUUGUUCGCACUCGUGUUAUCAAGAAGGUCAAGGGUGAUAAACAAGAAGUCACAAAGAUUGAGACCGUUGAAGAAGACGACAAACAACCCGAAACCACAGUAACUGUUGAAGAGGCUCCUGUCGAAGAACAGCCCGAAGAAAUUAAGGAACUUCCUGAAGAAGUUCGUGUUAUUGAGUCGGUUUCUGAAGAUGGUAAACCCAAGAAGAAGGUUGUUCGCACUCGUGUUAUCAAGAAGGUCAAGGGUGAUAAACAAGAAGUCACAAAGAUUGAGACCGUUGAAGAAGACGACAAACAACCCGAAACUACGGUAACUGUUGAAGAAGCUCCUAUGGAAGAACAGCCCGAAGAAAUUAAGGAGCUUCCUGAAGAAGUUCGUGUUAUUGAGUCGGUUUCUGAAGAUGGUAAACCCAAGAAAAAGGUUGUCCGCACUCGUGUUAUCAAGAAGGUCAAGGGUGAUAAACAAGAGGUCACAAAGAUUGAGACCGUAGAAGAAGAGGACAAACAACCCGAAACCACAGUAACUGUUGAAGAGGCUCCAGUAGAAGAACAGCCCGAAGAAAUUAAGGAACUUCCUGAAGAAGUUCGUGUUAUCGAGUCUGUUUCUGAAGAUGGUAAACCCAAGAAGAAGGUUGUCCGCACUCGUGUUAUUAAGAAGGUCAAGGGUGACAAACAAGAAGUCACUAAGAUUGAAACCGUAGAAGAAGACGACAAACAACCCGAAACCACAGUAACUGUUGAAGAGGCUCCAGUCGAAGAACAGCCCGAAGAAAUUAAGGAACUUCCUGAAGAAGUUCGUGUUAUUGAGUCUGUUUCUGAAGAUGGUAAACCCAAGAAGAAGGUUGUCCGCACUCGUGUUAUCAAAAAGGUCAAGGGUGACAAACAAGAAGUCACUAAGAUUGAAACCGUAGAAGAAGACGACAAACAACCCGAAACCACAGUAACUGUUGAAGAGGCUCCAGUAGAAGAACAGCCCGAAGAAAUUAAGGAACUUCCUGAAGAAGUUCGUGUUAUCGAGUCUGUUUCUGAAGAUGGUAAACCCAAGAAGAAGGUUGUCCGCACUCGUGUUAUCAAGAAGGUCAAGGGUGACAAACAAGAAGUCACUAAGAUUGAAACCGUAGAAGAAGACGACAAACAACCCGAAACCACAGUAACUGUUGAAGAGGCUCCAGUCGAAGAACAGCCCGAAGAAAUUAAGGAACUUCCUGAAGAAGUUCGUGUUAUCGAGUCUGUUUCUGAAGAUGGUAAACCCAAGAAGAAGGUUGUCCGCACUCGUGUUAUCAAGAAGGUCAAGGGUGACAAACAAGAGGUCACAAAGAUUGAGACCGUAGAAGAAGAGGACAAACAACCCGAAACCACAGUAACUGUUGAAGAGGCUCCAGUAGAAGAACAGCCCGAAGAAAUUAAGGAACUUCCUGAAGAAGUUCGUGUUAUCGAGUCUGUUUCUGAAGAUGGUAAACCCAAGAAGAAGGUUGUCCGCACUCGUGUUAUCAAGAAGGUCAAGGGUGACAAACAAGAAGUCACUAAGAUUGAAACCGUUGAAGAAGACGACAAAGAACCUGAAAAAACGGUUACAAUCGAAGAAACUCCUGUUGAGGAGCAGCCAGAAGAAAUUAAGGAACUUCCUGAAGAAGUUCGCGUUGAAGAGUCUAUUUCAGAAGAUGGUAAACCAAAGAAAAAGACUGUUCGUACUCGUGUUAUUAAAAAGGUUAAGGGCGAUAAAGAAGAAUUGACUACUAUAGAAACUGUCCAAGAGGAUGGCAAAAAGCCAGAAACCAUUGUUACAGUCGAGGAAUCUCCAGCUCUACAAGACAAGACAUCUCCUUUAAAACUAGUAAAACUUAAGAGAGUUGUUCGAGUGAAACAACCUGAUGAUGAAGAAAUUGUUGUAGAACUUCCUGAGCAAAAAUCUGUUAUUAUAGACCAAAAGGAAGAUGGUACGCCCACAAAAACUGUUGUAAAAACUAAAAUUAUAAAGAAAAUCAAAGGACCAAAAAUGGAAAUAACAAAGAUUCAAACCGUUGAAGAAUUUGAAAAAGAACCAGUAACAAAGGUUACAGUGCAGGAUUACGACGAACCAUUCCCUGAGGUAAUGGAAGAGAAAGUUGUGCCAGUUGUUGAGUUACCUGAAGAGAAUAUUGUUGAAGAUUACACCGCCCCAGAUGGAACCACAAAAACAAGAAAGAUCAAAAAGAAAACAAUCAAGAAACCUCUUGAUGACAAAUCCGACGAAGUCACUGAAAUUCAGAUUGUGGAAGAAGAGGGUGAAGAGCCCAAAUAUUUGAUUACUGUCAAGGAAAUUGACAAAACGGAUGCUGAUGUCACUGAUUUUACACCAUCUCUGGAAUUGCCUGAACAACACACAGUGUUGGAAACUCAAACUUCUGACGGUAAGACAAAGAAGAAAACCGUAAAAACAAGAUCAUUCAAAAAGCCCAUGGAUGAAGAAAAGGAUGAAAUCACUACGAUUCAAUUUGUUGAACAUGACGAUGACAAACCCAUUGCCACUGUUAAAAUCGAGGAGACACCCACUGAUGAAAUGUCUACCGAACCGAUACCAAUUGAAGAAUUACCCGAGGAAAUUGUUGAAGCUGAAAUCAUAGAAGAGGGUAAAAAACCUAAAAAGAAAACUACCAAAACCCGUACUUUUAAAAAGGAUGUCUCACCUGAGCCCGAAUUCUAUCAAAUUCAAACAGUUGAGGAAGAAGGACAAGAGCCUUAUUCCUUAAUACAAGUUGUAAGCGAAGAGGAUCUCACAAACAUUAUCGACAUUAGUAGUUUAGCUGAUGAACAACAACCAAAACAACCUACAACAAAAACACAUAAACACAAAAAGCCCAAGGAAGAAAAGCCGAUCCAAGAACAGACAAAGGAUGAAAAACCUGUAUUUAUUACAACAUUCAAAUCAGUACAAAAUGAAGACGGUGAAACAGUCAUUGAGACCGAAAGUAAGAAGAUCACACAAGAGGAGGGAGUUCUGGUCGAAGAAGUCCUUAGUGAUACUGAAACGGCUAAAGAACAAGAUGAAGAAACAUCACCCUCGAAAAUAGAAAUUGUUGAAGUCAACGAUAUCACAGACCAAGAUACAAAACCUUACACUAUAACCGAACCUGAUGAUGUUGUAAGUGAAGACACAACACAAACAGAGCAAACAGAAACGCCCAAACAAAAGACAAAAACGAAAAAGCCAAAAACGACCAAAUUUAAUGUAAUUGAAGAGCAGCCGGAAGAACAACCCGUAACGGUUGAGUUCCUGCCAGAGGAAAUAAUGGAAGUAGAAUUGCCAACUGUAGAAGAUCAAGAUGAUGUAAAGGAACAACAGCAAACUACUACGAUCAAGAAACGCAAGAUUAAGAAAAAGAUCGGUGAUCAAGAGCAAACUAUUGAGGUGAUCACUACCCAAAAACCAGGUCAAGAGGAGGAGGUUACAGUGGUUGUAACGGAAGACGAUAAACCAGAAGAAAAACCGGACGAAUGGAAGGUUAAGGUGACUGACAGUAAGGUAGAAAAACCCAAAGACAAACCCAAGAAAAAACCGACUAAGAAAAAGCUCAAGAAAGACGAACUGGACGAUUACAUACAAUUCCUUAUACACCAGGAAAUACCCAAGACUGUUUUACAAGAAUACAAACGUACCGAAAUGGAACAACCUCAGAAAGCACGUCGUGAUUCAUCGGUGCCACAGCUGAAACCCAUUAAACUUGUACCCAUGAAAAUUGAACGUGUCGAGGUGAAGAAAUCUCGUAUGCUAGAAAUCUCUUCGGUGGCAGAAUUCCCACAAAUGCUUAAACUUAAAACACCCAAACAAAGACCCGAACAAGUUAAACCCAAAAAGGAGAAGGUGCCCUUCAAAACCAAACUCAAGAGUUGGAUUAACUUUGUACCCUAUGCGCCCUAUAACUUCAAACUGAUCAUAACCGAUCUCGAGACCAAACGGGGUCAAGGUGAGCUAUCACGUAAUAUAGAAGAAGCUUUAGUGGUGCUCAAGAAGCGUCCCAAGAAAUUCAAGCCAACCGAGUUCACCAGCGAGGAAUUGGAACAACCUUCCCUCUACGAGGAAGAAGAAAUUCCCAAAGAAGAACCUGAAAAACUCGAAACAAAAUAUAAACGUCCCAAAAAACCCAAAAAGGAAGAGGAACAGCCCGAAGAACGUAAACUUAAACUAGGCAAGGGUAAAAUACCUCAAAUUGAAGAACAAAUAGAACAAGUUGUUCUUAAACCAUUUACCAUUGAAGAAACCCAAGAAGCUGAAAUAGCCGAAAAGCCUAAAGUCACAGAAGAGGCCAAGAAAAAGAAGAAACCCAAAAAGCGUCAAGAAGAUGCUAGCGAUAUCAAAUUCCAGCCACAAGAUAUUGAACAACCUGAAUCAGAUACAGAGUCUGUAACAAAGGUUGUGGAAGUCAUUGAGUAUCAGCCGGAAAUUAUUGAAGAACAGCCAACGGAAGAACAAGAUCAAAAGAAACCUAAAACCAAAAAGAAGAGGAAAAUUUUACAGAAAACCGAAUCUUCUGAAAAUAUUAUCGAAAUUGUUGAGAUUCCCAGUGACAAACCAGACGAAGAGGAAAAACUAUACGAAAUUAUAGUGACCUCAAGUCAAGUGGAUGAAACAGAUACAGUACAGCCGGUGGUAACAAAGAAAAAGAAGAAACUGGCCAAGCUAAAGCCUCAGGAAUUGGAAGAGUUUGUUAGUGAGCUACAAGAACAACCGGUUGACGUGAUUGAGGAUAAUUUCUAUGAAGUUUCUCUAACGGAAUUGCAACCUACAGAAGAAACCGAAGAAGUGACAGAUGAAACCAAGAAAUCUGUCAAGAAACGCAAACUUCAUCACAAAAAGGGCAAGGAAGAGCAAAUUAUAGAAAUUAUUGAAGCUCCUACCCAAGAAGGUGAAGAACCUGUCUAUGAAGUUUUGGUCACUGACUUAGAAGGCUCUGUCAUUGAAGAACAACCAGAAGAGACUCCUGAGAAAAAGAAGAAAAAACCCAAGAAAAUGAAAAAGCACGAAUUGGAUGCUUACAUUCAACAGUUGAUAGAAGCUGAAAUUCCCAAGACCGAGCUGGAACAAUAUGAAAAAAUUGAGUUCGGUCAACGACCCAAAAAGGCCAAGAAAACCAAAUCACAACCCAAAAAGGAACAGCCACAAGAAGGCGAACAACUCGAAAUUGGUAUAUCAGAGUUCGAGCCAGUUGAAGAAAAACCCAAACAAAAGAAAUCCAAACCUCGUCCUAAACCAGAACAACCACAAGAAGUUCCACGCGAAGAAACGACCUAUGAAGAAUUACAAGUUCAAGUAACGGAAAGUAUGCCUGAAGAAGAGGAAAAACCCAAACAUGAAACAGAACAUAUUAAGCUUCACGAAUUGUUGGCACCAGAAGAACUUAAGGAUGCCAAGGUAAUUGUCGAAGAGGUUACCGAACAAACGGAGACUGUAACAGAAACCACCAAAGAGGGUGAGCUUAAGGAAAAGACCAAAACAAAACGUAAAAUUAAAAAGAAGGUGGGCGAUCGCGAAUAUGAAGUUCUUGUAAUUGAAGAGCAAACCGAUAAGCAGCCCGAAGUAGAAGUUACGGUUAUAACCACAGAAAUAACACCAGAACAGCCUGCUGAAAUCGGUGUUGAAGAAAAGCCUCGCAAACCUAAAAAGGUUAAAAAGACUCUUAAGGAAGAAGAACUAAAGGAUUAUUUGGUAAGCGUUAUCAAUGAAGCUCCUGAAAAGCUGGAAACCACUCGUAUUGUGGAAGAAGUCAAACCCAAAGAGAAGCCACAACCAGAUGAAAUUGAUGGUUCCAUAUACUCGGUCAAAACAACCGUAGAAGAGGAGUCGGAAACGGAAGAAACUAAACCCGAAGAAGAAGACGAAUUAAAGGAAACUCCAAAAACUAAGAAAUCCAAACCAAUCAAAACCAAAAAGGUUAAAAUAACAGAAACAACAGAAGAAAAGGUUGAGGAUAUACCACAAGAAAUAACCGUAACUGAGGUGGAAGAACAACCAGCCGAAAAACCCACCGAGGAGGACUUCAAAUUUGAUAUUAGUGAAGAAAAGCCAAAGGAAAAACCUAAAACAAAACGUACCAAACCCAAGAAACCCGAAGAAACUGUCAAGGAAUAUUCGGUUGUUAUACAAGAACUUCAACCGGAAACUAUCACUCAAGAAAUUGUGGACGAAACCGGUGAAGAAGUGAAACAGACGGUGACUAAGAGAAAACUUAAGAAGAAGGAAUAUCUUAUUGAGAUAGUAGAAUCCUUUGUCGAAAAUAAGCCAGAGUCUGAGCUGGAAAUUAUAACAACCGAAAUUGUUCCUGAAGAUAUGCCGGAAGACUUGAAACCAGAACCGGUAACAGUUAAGAAAAUCAAAAAGAAGAAAUCAUUAAAGGAUGAUCAUGAUGCUUAUAUACAAAAGUUAAUCGAACAAGAAAUUACCAAAACCGAUUUAGAACAGUAUGAACCAACCGAUAUUGAAACCAAACCUAAGAAAAAGCCAAAGACCAUUAAGAAACACCAUAAGAAAACUACUGAGAUUGUAGAUGGUGUAGCUGUUACAGUCCAUGAAUUCGAUAUCGAAGAGGUGGUGCCUCAAGAAGAAGAUAUUGAAGAACAACCAUUUGAAGUUGUUGAAAAGGAAGCACCAGCUGAGGAAAAAACUCCUGACAGUUUCGAAAUCGGUAUGAAAGAAGAGCAAUCGAUUGAAGAAAAGCCCAAGGUAACAGAACUUAAGCCCAAAACGAAGAAGGUCAAAAAGCCAACCACUAAAGAGGUGGUUGAAGAAGCUCCUGUAGUUGUAGAGGAAAUCGAACAGACCACAGAAGUCAUUGAACAACCAGAUGAAACUGGUGAAAUCAAAAAGAAAACCGUAACUAAACGUAAGAUAAAGACUAAGACGGGACCAGAAGAAAAGGUAUUCGAAAUCUCCGAAACUACACACGAAGAUCAACCAAAUGCUGAAAUUACCAUACAAGAAAUAACUGAAACCCAAGAACAGCCCGAAAUCGUCGAAGAAAAACCACAAGCUAAGAAACCAGUCAAGAAAUCCAAGAAAGUACCCAAAGAACAAAUACAAGAUUUUGUCAUUAACGUCAUUGAAGAGUAUGUGACACCCACCGUUUACGAGGAAGAAAAGCAACCUGUAGCGGUGGAAGAAUUCGAGGAAACUACUGAAACUGUAGAGCAACCCACUGAGACUGGUGAAAUUAAAAAGAAAACCGUUACUAAACGUAAGAUUAAAACAAAGUCUGGACCAGAAGAGAAAGUUUUCGAAAUUGUGGAAGUUACUCACGAAGAUCAGCCUAAUGCCGAAAUAACUGUGGUGGAAAUUACUGAAGCUGAAAAGCCAGUAGAAGAAGAAAAACCAAAAGAAAAGAAACCUCUCAAGAAAACAAAGAAGGUACCAAAGGAACAGAUGCAAGAGUUCAUUGCCAAUGUUAUUGAGGAAUAUGUUAAGCCAGAAGAACCCAAAGAAGAACAGCAUACGGUUACCGUAGAAGAAACCGAAGAAAAGCCCACUGUGGUGGAAGAAAUUGAGAAGACUACCGUAGUAGUGGAAGAAGAAGAUACUACGGGUCAAGUUAAACCCAAGACGGUAACAAAACGCAAGGUCAAGACAAAGACUGGUCCGGUAGAAAAGGUAUUUGAAAUAUCUGAAGUCACAGAAGAGGGCAAACCCACCAGUGAAGUGACCCUAUUUGAAGUCACCGAAAGUGAAGACACUCCCAAGGAUGAGGAACAACCCAAAGAAAAGAAAAUUGUUAAAAAGCCCAAGAAAAUCACCAAAGACCAAUUGGAAGACUAUUUUGUUAAUGUUAUAGAAGAAUAUGUACAACGUGAAGAGGAAGCACCCGAAGAGUUGCCCAUUUCCGUGGUCGAAAUUGACAAGAAGGAAGAAGUCAUCGAUGUGAUCGAUGAGGAGGGCAAAGUCAAAAAGCAAACGGUAACCAAACGUAAAAUAAAGAAACAAGUCGGUCCUAAGGAGGAGAUCAUAGAAAUUGUUGAAACUCAACGGGAAGAUCAACCCGUGGCCGAGGUAACUGUUACCACCACAGAAACCGAAGAAACAGAGGACACAUCUAAGCCUCAGGAAGAAAAGGCAGCCAAACCAAAGAAAACCAAAAAGGUUAAAAAGGAUGAGUUGGAGGAUUAUAUUAUGAAAUUAAUUGAACAAGAUAUACCAAAAACCGAGUUAGAGAAAUAUGAAAAGAUCGACAUUGAUGAGCCAAUCAAAUUGAAAAAGAAACCCAAGAAAGAGGUUCUACAAAAACCAGAAAAGCCACAACAAAAAACCAAAGACAAACCUAAAGAACAACCUAAACAAGAGGUACGUGUAGAAGAAAGUCAACCCGAAGAGGAAGAAACAGUUUUCCCAGUUCAUGUAGAAGAGCUGGAGAAACAAGAAGAAUUGGUACAAGUGACAGACGAACAGGGUGACAUUAAAACACAAAAGGUUAUCAAGCGUAAAAUAAAGAAACAAGUUGGACCUAAAGAGGAAAUAAUAGAAAUUGUCGAGACUCAAAAGGAUGACUCGCCUGUAGCUGAAAUUACGGUAACCACACUAGAACCGGAAAGUGUUGAUGAGCAACCUACCGAAGAGAAAGUCAAAAAACCCAAGAAAACUAAAAAAGUAACCAAAGACGAGUUGCAAGACUAUAUACAGAAACUCAUAGAGGAAGAUAUUCCUAAGACUGAACUGGAAACUUAUGAAAAGAUUGACAUAGAAAAACCGGUGAAACUCACAAAGAAACCAACGCAUAAGGUUAAGAAAGUAGAACGCAAACCAGAGGCUGUUGAAAAGCCAGAAACCAAAGAAAUUACCACUGAGGAAACCCAACUAGAAGAUGAAGAAACACCCAAAGAAACAUAUGAAGUUUCCCGAAAGGAUGAAGAACAACCAGAGACAAAACCAGAAGAAGAAGCCGAAAUUCCUGUACAAGAAGACAAGGAGAAGAAGGUGGUCAAGAAACCCAAACAUAAGGUUAAGCAGGUUGAAGAACAACCACAGAAACCAGAGGAAACUUUGCCGGAACAUGAAAUACAUGUCGAGGAAACUGUUCCUACUGCCAAACAAGAUGAAGUCUUUGAAAUUAAGGAAACUGAAGAGGAGAUUAAACCAACUCCUGAACGCAAGAAGCCCAAAGAAAAGAAGCACAAACCCGAAACUAAACAUCCCGAAGAGGUGGAAGAUUUCGAGGUAACAUUAAAGGAAAGCUCACCGGUUCCUCAAGAACACGAACCAUUCAAAAUUGAAGUUAUUGAAAGUCAAACUGAGGUACAAGAAAACCUUAACGAAGAGGGAGUUGUUGAAAAACAAACUAUAACCAAACGUAAAAUUAAGCGCCAACAGGGUCCUAAAGAAGAUAUUAUCGAAAUAAUUGAAGUCAAAACAGACGAUAAACCCGAGGUUGAAGUCACCGUGGUGGAAACACAGCCAGAGGAAGAUAAGCCCGAUGAAAUCAAACCAGCCAAAAAGAAAACCAAAAAAGUUAAAAAGGACGAUCUGCAUGAUUACAUACAAAAGCUUAUCGAGGAAGAUAUACCCAAAACAGAGCUGGAAAAAUACGAAAAAAUAGAGUUUGAAACAAAACCCAAAGACAAAGAAAAGGAUAAGCAAUAUCCAGUGGAACAGAAGGAAGAACAACCCAAAGCCACUGAAGAAGAAAAACCCAAGAAAAAGCCAAAAUCUAAGAAACCAAAAGAAGAUGAAGAAGAUCACACUGUGGCUAAAAUAUCUGUAGUAGAGGAAGAAGUUCCCAAGGAAGAACCUCAGCCGGUGGUAGAGAUCUUAGAAACUGAACCAGUUGAAGUAAAAGUCGAAGAGGUGCCCGAUGAACAGGGUAAACCCAAACAGAAAACCACUAAGAAACGUGCCUUCACCAAGAAAGUCGACAACGAAGAAGAUGCCACCAUACAUGUGGUCACCAUACAAGAUGAAGAUAGUCCUGAGGUUACAAUUAUAAUCGAUGAACAACCCAUCGAACAGCCAGUUACCAGCGAUGAAACAGAAAAAUCCACUCAAGAAAAGCCCAUCGUUAAGAAACCCAAGAAAAUCGUUAAGAAAGUACAGAAAGACCAAGUUGACGACUAUAUACAAAAACUAAUUGACGAAGAAAUACCCAAGACUACACUCGAACAAUACGAAAAAGUCGAAAUGCCCGACAAAACAGACUCCAAACCCACUAAACCCACAGAACAAACUGAACAGCCUAAGAAGGAUAAAAAGAAAACACCGAAACCUUCCAAAGUAACAGCCGUCGAGGAAAAGCCCGACCAAACAGAAACCCCCGACACAAUACACGAAAUCAAAACCACAGAAACACACACUGAACCACAAGAAGAAAUUGAAGAGAUAACACAACCAGAACAUAAGCCUGAGGACACUGAACAAAUCACACCCGAUUCUCACAAGGUCACAACAACAGAGGAAACAAAAGAUACAAAAACAACAACUAAACACAAAACUAAACCUAAAAAACAAACAAGUGAAGAACCCAUAGUCCAUAAGGAUUAUCAAAUUAACGUUAUUGAGGAGGAGCCCGAGGAGAAGGAAGAUGAAGAGGAGAAACCCGAAAUCGAAACCAUCGAAGAACGCCCUGAAGAAGCAGAAGAAUCUCAUCCUAUUGAGGUGGUCGAAGAGGAGGAACAAGUUCCCGAAACUACCGAAGAUACAGUUGAAGAUGCCACCAAACCCAAGAAGACUAAGAAGAAGGUAGUGAAGAAGAAGACUGAUGACCAUGAUGCCAUUAUACAAAAGUUAUUGGAGCAAGAGAUUGAAAAGACCGAACUCGAAAAAUACGAAAAGGUUGAGUUUGACAAACCCAAGAAGGCCAAGCCGGAAAUGUCGAAAUUAGAGCCCAUCAAGAUCGAGCGCAGGGAACAGAAACCCAAGAAGGUGGUUAUUGUUGAUGCUGCCGAAGUACCCCAAAUGGUUAAAUUGAAACCAUCGAAACGCAAGGAGAAACCCACCGAGGAACAAGUAGUGCAAUUACCUAAAUUCAAACUUAAGAGUCGCAUGGUUAUGGUUGAAUAUCCUCCAGAGCCUCUUAAAGCCAUCAUCACUGAAAUCGGUGCCCAAAGAUCAGCUGGCGAUUUGUCCAGAAACAUUGAAGAGGCCGAGGCAUUGCUUAAGUUCAAGCCCUAUAAACCCAAGAAGAUCAAGAAGAUUAAGGACGAUUUGGAAAAGGUAGAGCUGGAGAAAUACGAAAAGUAUGUAAGCAGCGAAGAGGAACCAGAGGAGAAGGCUCCCUACAAGAAACCCGAAAAACCCAGCAAGCCAGAAGAAAAACAAGAAGAAGUGCAAAUUAAGCUGGGCAAGGGCAAAAAGAAGCCAAAGGAAGAAGAACAACCCGAAGCGGUAACACUUAAGAAAAUACCACAAAAACCUCAGCAAGCCGAAGAGGUUAGCGAAGAUAAGACUGUCAAGAAACAUGCAGUUGUUGUCAAAGAAGAGGAAGCCAAACCAGAAGAACCCAAAUACGAAAUGAAACCUUUGGAGCCACUUGACUUCGAAGAUAUUGAAUAUCCCAAAGAAGAACUAGAACCUCUAGAGUUCCCCGAAGAGCCCAAGAAGGACAAGAAGGAACCCAAACAAAAACAUAAACCUAAACCAAAAUCCAAACCAGAACAGGAAAUGAAUGUUACUCAAAUCGUGCCAGGUGAACCCAAGCCCCAGGAAGAACAACCUGAAGAGGAAGUCAAAUUCCGUAUACCAGAAAGUACAAAGGAGGAAGAACCUAAGACUGAACAUAAAUUGAAACCAGUUAAAAAGGUUAAGGAAGAAGCACCCGCAGAAGAUACCGUCAAAUUGGUGCAAGAAGAACAGCCCAAAGAGAAAUCUCCCUCACCCGCACCACAAGCGGAAGUCAAGGAAGUUAAGAAAUCUAAAGCUAAAAAGGAAAAACCUGUGGAGAAGGCUAAAUCCGAAGAAAAACCUGAUGAACAAUUUGAGAUCUCCGUGCGUGAAGAACAAGUCGAACAAGAAACUCCUGUCGAAGAAACAGUCGAUAAGGUGAAGAUCAAAAAGAAGGUUCCCAAGAAAGAUCAACCCAUUGAGGAAGUUCAAGUUAAGGAAGAAGUUGUUGAACAACCUGAACAAGAAGAAAUUCCUGUGGAAUACAAGAUAACCACUACCGUCAUAGAACCAGAAGAGUUCCCAGAAGAUUAUAAGGUACGUGUUGUCGACACAGAUGCCAAGGAGGUAACUGUCGAGGAGGUUAUUGAAGAAAAGGUUGUUACCAGAAAGAAGAAGCCUAAAGCAACUGUUCCCGAAGAAUAUGAAUUCACAGUUCAAGAACCCAAACAGCCAGAACCCAGCAAGGUAGAGGAAACUAGCGAAGAAGUAACAGUUGAGUUGCAAAAACCAAAAGAACCUGUUCCCGAAGAGGUUAAGGUCGAAGAGACUAUUACUAAACCCAUCGUAGAAGAAACGGUUGAAGAAGUCACCACUAAGAAGAAGAAACCAAAGAAGAAGCCUGAAGAAGAAGUUGCCACAGUUGAAGUCAAGGAAGAAAAACCUGUAGAAGAAGAAGUAAAGGAAGUACCUACAGAAGAAAAGGUUGAAGAAAUUAUUCCCGAAGUUGAAAAGCCCAAGGACUAUCAAUUCACGGUAAAAGAAACUGAGGCUGUUCAACAAGUUGUUGAGGAAGUUAAGGAAGUGGUUGAAGAGAAACCCAAACCUAAGCCAAAACCAGAGAAACCAGCUGAAGUCUUCCCAAGUUAUGAAAUCAAAACGGUUGAAUCAGAAGCUGAAAAACCCAUAGAAGUCGAAGAGGAACAACCAGAAGAAGUCAAAUUCGCCAUUAAGCCCAAGAAGGUUAAAGAAGUUCCUGAAGAAUUUGAGGCUUCUGUAGCUUUGACAGAACCAAAACAAGUCGAAGAAACCGAAGUGGAAACUGUGGUCAAGACCAAGAAAACCAAGAAACCUAAGAAACCCGAAGAAGAGGUGGCUCAGCUAGAAGUUCAAGUUGUAGAAACCAAAGAACAGGAAGUCGUAGAGGAGGUCGUCAUUGAAGAACCUAAAGUUGAGGAAAUCGUACCUGAAAAGCCCAAGGAAAGAAAACCUGAAGAAUACAAAAUUAAGGUAUCCGAAGAGGAGCACGUUCCUGAAGAAGAGGUGCCUGAGGCUCAAUUUACAGUUAAACCUAAAGUUGUACAAGAAAAACCAACCGAAGAGCCCGAAGCUGAAUUUGUCUUGAAGGAAACUAAACCUGUUGAACAGGUUACAGAAGAAGCUCAAAUCAAAACUAAAAAGAUCAAGAAGAAGCCCAAGGAAGAGGCCGCCGAUGAAUUGAAGAUCAAGAUUGUGGAAGAAGUUCCAGUUGAAAAACCAAUCGAAAUCGUAGAGGAAAUAGAGGAAGUCGAAUUCGUACCAAAGGAAGAGGCUCCCAAAGAAAUUCCCAAGGAUUAUGAAUUCAAACUUAAAGAAUUCGAAAUUCCAAAGGAAGAAGUGGUAGUAGAAGAAGUGAAAGAAGAGCCUAAGCCAGUGGAAAAACCAAAACCCAAAGAAGAACCGGUACAAGAGGUUAAGGUUGUUACAACUGUACCUACAGAAGAAGUUAUUGAAGAAGAAGUCAAGACUGUGAAGAAGAAACCCAAGAAAACUAAGGAAGAACCAGAAGAAAAGAAGGUGACUGUGGUCGAAGAAAUCGUGGAGAAACCCAAACCAGUUGAAGUUGAAGAGAAACCUGAAGAGGAAAAACCACAAGAAAUCGUUGAAGAAGAAAAAUACCCUGAACAUCAAGUUAAGGUUAUUGAUGAGACUCCUCGUUAUGUAACCGAAGAAGUUGAGGAACAAGAAGUACAAAUACAACGUAAAAAGAAACCAACACCUAAAGUCACCGAAGAACCUGAAGAAGAAGUUGUUUUGAAACCCAAAAAACCAGUUGAAGAUGUUGAAGAAACUAAGAUAAUCAAAAAGAAACCCAAACAAAAGGUUCCCGAAGAAGACCAAGCUGAACUAAAGGUGACGAUUACUGAAGAAAUUCCUCAAGAAACUGAAUUGGUACAAGAAAUUGAGGAGAUUGAAGAAAUUGAAGAGCAACCCAAGCCGCAAGAAGUUCCACAAGAACAACCCAAAUCCUAUGAAUUUUCUGUUAAAGAAAUGGAACCAGAAAAGGUCGUUGAAGAGGUGGAAGAAGUACCUGAUGAGCAAGUUAAGCUUAAAAAGAAACCAAAGAUCGUUCAGCCAGAUGUAACAGAAGAACCUGAGGUGGAAAUUUCCUUGAAACCCAAACCAGAAAAACAAGAAGCUCCUGAAGAGACAGCUAUUGUUAAAAAGAAAUCUAAGCCUAAAGCUAAGGAAGAACCAGAAGCUGAGCUUAAGAUACAAGUCAGAGAGGAAGUUUCACCGGAGCCAGAAGUUCAAGUUAUCGAAGAAAUCGAAGAAGUGGUUGAAGCUCCCAAAGAAGAGCCACAAGAAGAAAUACAAGAAGUAGUUUUCAAACCAAAGAAACCCAAGAAGAAGGAAGAGGAAGUUAUUGAGGAAGAUGUGACCAUUAAGAAGCCCUCCGUUAAAAAGGAAGAGGAGGAGGAACAAGUCGUUGAUGUCACAUUGAAACCCAAAAAGGCACCUAAGGUAGAGGAACAAGAUGUGGAAGUUGGUUUCAAAUUACCCAAAGAAAAGCAAAUUACACAAGAAACUUCGGAAGAAACGGUACAAUUAAAGAAAAAGAAGAAGCCCGUUAAACCAACCGAAGAAGCGGCCGAUGAGCUGGUACUUAAACAAGAAGAAGUUAUUGAAAGACCAGUAGAAAUCGAAGAAGAAGAAAUCAUCGAGGAGGCAGUAGUGAUGCGCAGGAAACCCAAGAAACCUAUUGAACCUCAAAUCGAAGAACAUGAGGAACAAGAGUUUAGUUUAUCCUUCAAGAAACCACGCAAAAUUGAUGAGGGUGUGGCCGAAGAAGCCACUGUUCUCAAAAAGAGACCCAAGAAACCUCUCACCUCCGAUGAGGCCGCCGCUGAAUUACACAUCAAACGCGAAGAGGAAUACGAACCUGAAGAAGAGGAGGAAGUCGAAGAAUUUGUAGUGGCUCAAAGACCUAAGCCUAAACCUAAACCAUUGCAAGUAACCGAAGAAGAUGAACAAGAAUACACAGUUAAGAAACUGAAGCGUCGCAAGAAGGGUGUGGAAAUUCCAGAAUUUACCGAAGUGGAGAAUGUAACAUUCCGUCCUAAAUUGACUAAGACUAAGGAAGAUGUUGAUCAAGAAUUUAGCAUCGCCUUAGAUUCCUAUGCCGAAGAAGAAGUUUCCAUGUCCGGCAAGGUUAAGGUUAAGAAACCAAUUAAGAAAACUUAUUCCGAGGCUGGUGACGAACAUCAUAUUAAGAUUAUGCAAGAUUAUGACGAUGGUCAAGGUCCUAUAAUUGAGGAAAUACGUGAUGACAGCAGUAUAGAAGAUACUAUGUACGAUGUCGAAGAGCCCGAAGAAUAUCAAGUUGAAGAACUACCACCCGAUGAUGUAGACUUUACCCUCAAGCCCAGACAGAAACCUAAGCCAAGAUACUCCAUACAAGAUGAGGAGGAAGAAGAACAAUUCCUUAUUGGCAUUAGACGUCCUAAGAGCGAUUCCGUUACUUAUGAUGAGGACUCACUUACGUUCAAGAAGAAACGUAAGGUCAUUCAACAGGUCUUCAAUGAAGAUGGCGCCUCUUUGAAUAUUACACGCGAAAUGAAUAUUGAAGAAGCCGACGAGGAGAAUGUUAUGUAUUCGAUUUGUAAUUAUGUAGCAGACUCUGAUGAAGCCAUGAAUCUGGUGGAAGGUGAAAAGGUGCGUGUUGUUGGACGCCAUAGUUCCGAAUGGUGGUUUGUUAAGAAGACCAUUACGGAAGAAGAAGGCUGGGUACCAGCUCAAUAUCUCAUGGAAGCUGCUGAAUACACACAAUAUGUGCAAAAGAAAUUGCACGAAAAGAUUGAUAAACUACCUGUAUUUGAACGUCCCGGACCCCAUGAAAAGCCCAUGGCACCUAGAUUUAUAGAAAAAUUGCAACCCAUUCACACACCCGAUGGUUAUACUGUACAAUUUGAAUGCAAAGUUGAGGGUAUGCCUAGACCACAAAUCGCCUGGUUCCGUGAAACGGCUAUUAUUAAGCCUUCUCAAGACUUCCAAAUGUAUUAUGAUGAUGACAAUGUUGCUACAUUGAUUAUACGUGAAGUAUUCCCCGAAGAUGCGGGACGCUUUACUUGUGUGGCCAAGAAUGCAGCCGGUUUUACCUCUACCACUACCGAAUUGGUGGUCGAGACUCCUUUGUCCGAUCACGGUUCCGAUGGUACAGCCAUGUCUCGCAAGAGCAUGUCUCGUGAAUCCUCAUUAGCCGAUAUACUCGAAGGUAUACCACCUACUUUCUCACGCAAACCUAAAGCUCAAUAUGUCGAUGAAGACACCAAUGUCAUAUUGGAAUGUCGUCUGGUGGCCGUGCCUGAACCCGAUAUUGUCUGGACUUUCGAAGGCGAAGAGAUCGAUACAACCACUAUGAAGAAUGUACGUGUUGUCACCGAAUCCGAUAUGCACAUGUACUGCAGUGUGGUACAUAUUAAGAAGGUCAAGAAAUCUCAAGAAGGUACCUACGAGGUAAUUGCCACCAAUCGUGAAGGUGAAUCUAGAUUGCCUAUAGUCUUGAAGGUGCGCACAAGUGAAAAGGAACCUCCUCAAGUAUUGGAACCUUUACGCAACAUGAUCAUACGCGAGGGAGAAAGUGCUGUGCUAACCACACAAAUUGUCGGUAACCCCGCGCCCAAGAUUACCUGGUAUAAGGAUGGCAAACCCGUUAAGGGUAAUACUAAGACUGAGAAGGAUAUUCAUACGUUGACUUUGAUUUCACCCAAACGCGAUCAAAAGGGCGAGUACACGGUCAAGGCUGAAAAUCCUUUGGGUAGCGUAGAAACUUCGGCUAAUUUGACUAUCGAAGAACCACCCAGUGGCAAUGCCGAACCUCCUCUAUUUGUCGAACGCUUUGAGGAACAAAAUGUUCCUCAGAAGGGCGUUAUUCGCUUGCCAGCUAAGGUUACUGGUAAUCCAGUGCCCGAAGUGGAAUGGCUCUUCAACAACAAUCCUCUAUAUCCCAAUGAACGCAUUCAACAAAUCUACGAUGGUGAAAAUAUUGAACUUAUUAUCAAAGAUGCAAAUCCCGAUACCGAUUCCGGUGAUUACAAGUGUAUUGCAAGCAAUCCUUUGGGUAAGACUUCGCAUGGUGCCCGUGUUAUUGUAGAAGUCGAUGAAGUUGUCUUCACUAAGAAACUUAAGGCUAAGAUAUCCAUCGAAGAAGUGCAAUCAUUGACCUUAGAAUGUGAGACCUCUCAUGUGGUCUCCACCAAAUGGUUCUUCAAUGGCAAAGAACUUAGCGGUAUGGAUCAUCGUGUAGUCGUCGAAGAGGGCAAGACCCAUAAACUGGUUAUAAAGAAUACCAAUUUGAGAGAUAGUGGCAAUUACACUUGCAAGGUUAAGGACCAAGAAACUAAAUCAACCGUUGAAGUCUUGCCACGCAAACCUGAGUUUAUUAAACCUCUGGAAGACUACGAGGUAACCGAAAAGGAUACUGCCAUUUUGGAUGUGGAAGUAUCCACCGACGUUACAGAAAUGCAAUGGUUCAAGGAUGGCGAGAAGAUUACACCCGAAAAGAAGAACGUAGAUUUCAUUAAGGAUGGCAAGGUGCAUAGAUUGCUUAUACGCAACUGCACUAUCCAUGAUGAGGGUGAAUACUCUUGCAAAUUCGCCGAUCAAGUAUGCAAGUGUGAACUCACAGUCAUUGAAUUGCCACCAGAAAUUGUCAAACCUUUGGAGGAUGUUACAGUAACCGAAGGUGAAACAGCUACCUUCACGGUGGAACUCGACAAGGGUGAUGCUUUGAUUAAAUGGUAUAAGAAUGGCAAGGAGAUAACAUACGAUGAACGUGUACAACUAACUAUCGAUGGCAAACGCCAAUCGAUUACCAUCAAAAAGGCUAAACCUUCAGAUGCCACCGAAUAUUCCCUUAAAGUGGGUGAACAAACAUCGAAGGCUAAGCUGGUGGUGGAGAAACCUUUAGUUGAGUUUAUCGUACCAUUGCCCGAUGUUACUUUGGCUACCAAGAAUACCGAUGCUGAAUUCACUGUCAAACUAUCACCACCCGAUGUGGAGGUGACCUGGUACAAGAAAGGAAAACCCAUUAAACCCAAUAAGAAACACGAAGUCUUCGUGGAGGGUACCGUUAGACGUCUGGUUAUUCACGAUGCCGAAGAUGAUGAUGCUGGAGAAAUUAGUUGCACUGCCGCCAAUGUUACCACCAGUACAAACUUAUGCGUAGAAGAGGUUAAGACCGCUCCUAUUAUAAUAUCCGAUAAGGAACAGACAAUCAAGGUUAAGGAGAACGAUGAUGUAACAAUGACUAUUAAAUAUUCGGGUGUACCACAGCCAGAUGCUGAAUGGAAAACAUCUAAGAAGGUUAUUGUUAAAUCGAAUAGGGUAACACCCACUAUCGAUGAGCAAUCAGCCUCGUUGACCAUACGCAAGGUGGUGGAAGAAGAUGAAGAUGAAUAUACCAUUAAAUUGCGCAAUCCAGUGGGUGAAGCUGAAGCCAGUUUGCAUUUGGUUAUCAUGCGUAAACCCUCAGCUCCGGGAGCUCCUCAACCUUUGGAAGUUAUGCACGAUUCGAUUACACUCUUCUGGAAGGCACCCGAGGAUGAUGGUAAAUCCGAUAUAUUGGAAUAUAUUUUGGAAUACAAAGAUGUUAAGACUGAAAAAUGGUCCGAAAUUCGCAAGAUUAAGGAUACAACUUAUACUUUAAGCAAACUUGUUAUUGAUACGGAAUACGUCUUCCGUUCAAUAGCCGUCAAUGAAGUUGGUCCCUCACCACCCUCACCCUUGUCGCCACCCAUACGCCUGGUCGCCGAGGUAAAGAAGGAAAAACCAACGGUACAAGAACCUUUGCAAGACAUUACCACCGAACAUGAUAAGGAAGUAACACUAUCCUGUGUCUUCGGCGGUGUACCAGAGCCUAAAGUGAUUUGGAAGAAGAAUGGCAAGAUUAUACAGACCAAGACCAUGCGCUACGAGAACCGUGUGGCUAAAUACACAAUUGAAAAGACCACUGUCGAUGACGAAGCCGAAUACACUUGUGUGGCUGAGAACGAAGUGGGCAGUGUAGAGACCACAUGUCGUGUGACAUUACAAGAGAAACCCAUCAUCGAACUAGAGGAGAAAUAUUUGUCACUAAAAUUACGCACUGGCAACGAUAUGACCAUUCCAGCUUUAGUUAAGGCUUAUCCACAGCCCAAGAUUACAUUGUACAAGGAAACAACAGAGGUUAAGACUACCAAACGCCAAACGAUUGAAAUCAAUAAGAUUACUACGACCGAAACCAAGACUAUAAUAAAAAUACAGAAAUUAACACGUGAAGACUCGGGUCGUUAUAAAUUGGUGGCCGAGAAUGCAGCCGGCUCUAGUAGUGUAGAAUGUAAUAUUAAGGUUAUCGAUAAGCCCAGCCGUCCACAGUCUUUGGAAAUUAAGGACGUUAAAAAGGAUUCCAUUAAACUUGAAUGGACACCACCCAUUGAUGAUGGUGGCUUAGAGAUCAACAAGUAUAUAUUGGAGAAAUGUGAACUACAGAAUAAUGUUUGGAUGAAGGUGGCCGAUGUCGAUAGGGAUAUAACCUCCUAUUGCCUGCAAAAACUUGCCAUGAACUCACAAUACAUGUUCAGAGUGGUGGCCAUGAAUCCCAUAGGUGAAUCAGAACCCACAGAAAGUGAACCGGUGGCAAUAACAAAGAAAUUCGACAUACCCUCACCACCCCGAGCACCCAUUGAUGUUUCCGGCAUGAAUGACACAUCAUUCACACUGUCAUGGCAAGAGCCCGAAACAGAUGGUGGCACUAAGAUUAUUGAAUAUAUUGUUGAGAUUAAAGAAUUCCAUGAAACCGACUAUAGACUACUGGGCAGUACAAAUGGCAAUGUACCCAAUAUAUUGGUUACAAAUGUUAUCAAAAAUAAGGCCUACACCUUUAGAAUAUACGCCAAGAAUGAAGUUGGCACCAGUGAAGCUCUUGAGACUGAAGAUAAGAUAGUCGUCAGCCGUAGAAUAAUUAGAGCCUCCGAGGGAUUGGCUCCUCCCUCACCUCCUCAAAAUCUCAGAUGUCCGGAUAUUACUGGCAGAAGUGUUACUCUCGAUUGGGAAAUACCUGCUCACAAUGGUGGUUCAGAAAUUACAGGCUAUUGCAUUGAAAAACGUUCAUCCACAUCGACCACAUGGACUAAGGUCAUCACCUUAGAUGCUCAUUGCCUACAAUACACUGUGGAUAAUUUGAAAGAAAAGUCUGAAUAUUGGUUUAGAGUAUCGGCGGAAAAUGAAGCUGGUCUAGGUGCACCAGCCGUAACCGAAAGUAUUGCCUUAAAAACACAUGCCACGGUUCCCUCACCACCCACAGCACCCUUGGAAACAAGAGUUAUUGCCGCCAAUGCUCAUGUAUUCGAAUGGGGUAUACCCGAGUCAGAUGGUGGUGCGCCUCUGCUCGGUUAUCACAUUGCUAUACGUGACAUGAAGAAGAGCAUGUGGAUUGAGGUUGGUCGUGUACCAGCCGGUGUACAGAAAUUCCAAAUUAGAGACUUACAGGAGAAUCAUGAAUAUAUGAUUCGUAUCUUUGCCAAAAAUGAAAUUGGUUUAAGUGAACCGUUGGAAUCUGAGGAACCCUAUAAGGCAGUAACAUUAGGUCUCGCCAGUCUACCAGAUGAACCUCGUACCGAAAUGAGUUCUUGUAAUACAUCAUCUUGGUUGCGUGACCAUCAUAUGGAUGCGGAUAUACAUUCAUAUGCUCGCGGUAAAUUAUUGCGACGCGAUGAAUACUUCUUCCGCAUUUGGGCUAAAAUGCCAAAGAAGAAAAAGAAUUCGAAAUAAUUCUUAACCUAAAAAACCAGUAAACUAACUAUUAAUGACCAAUUAAUUAAACAAAAAAAAAAUUGUAAAAUAUUAAAACUACCACAAAACACAAACAAACGACGAAACUACUACUUACUUUACUACUUACCUACUAAUUCAUAAGUUCAGUUUAAUAGUUUAGAAAUUUUUCUACUUU